GUUCCAUUCUGCGCUUCCGGCUGCGAGGCGGGGCCGUGCUCAGUGAGCGAGGAGGAGUCUGAGCUGAGAUCCGGAUCGAGAUCCCGGGGGCAGCAGCGGCAGCAGCAGACAGUGAUCCCCUCAUUCCGGACAGACAGACAGAUACAGCCCUCCCUCCUGCACCAACCGAGGAGCACCUCACAGGAGGGCAGCCAGGAGGAACCAUUGAGCCAGGUGUGUGCUGGGAGAUGGACAGAGGGUGCAUGGCUGGCAUGGGAGGCAGGGACUGCUCAGUGCAUUGUGAGGAGCACACGCUGCUUGGGAAAUCCCUGCUGGAGAAAUAGCAUGCAGAGCAUUAUAUAUAUAUAUAUAUAUAUAUAUAUAUAUAUAUAUCACCAUUAUCAGCUCUGUGACUAGCAUUCACAGUAUCCAUAUCACCAUUAUCAGCUCUGUGACUAGCAUUCACAGUAUCCAUAUCACCAUUAUCAGCUCUGGGACUAGCAUUCACAGUAUCCAUAUCACCAUUAUCAGCUCUGGGACUAGCAUUCACAGUAUCCAUAUCACCAUUAUCAGCUCUGGGACUAGCAUUCACAGUAUCCAUAUCACCAUUAUCAGCUCUGGGACUAGCAUUCACAGUAUCCAUAUCACCAUUAUCAGCUCUGGGACUAGCAUUCACAGUAUCCAUAUCACCAUUAUCAGCUCUCUGACUAGCAUUCACAGUAUCCAUAUCACCAUUAUCAGCUCUCGGACUAGCAUUCACAGUAUCCAUAUCACCAUUAUCAGCUCUGGGACUAGCAUUCACAGUAUCCAUAUCACCAUUAUCAGCUCUUUGACUAGCAUUCACAGUAUCCAUAUCACCAUUAUCAGCUCUUUGACUAGCAUUCACAGUAUCCAUAUCACCAUUAUCAGCUCUGUGACUAGCAUUCACAGUAUCCAUAUCACCAUUAUCAGCUCUGUGACUAGCAUUCACAGUAUCCAUAUCACCAUUAUCAGCUCUGUGACUAGCAUUCACAGUAUCCAUAUCACCAUUAUCAGCUCUCUGACUAGCAUUCACUGUAUCCAUAUCACCAUUAUCAGCUCUCUGACUAGCAUUCACAGUAUCCAUAUCACCAUUAUCAGCUCUCUGACUAGCAUUCACAGUAUCCAUAUCACCAUUAUCAGCUCUGGGACUAGCAUUCACAGUAUCCAUAUCACCAUUAUCAGCUCUGGGACUAGCAUUCACAGUAUCCAUAUCACCAUUAUCAGCUCUGGGACUAGCAUUCACAGUAUCCAUAUCACCAUUAUCAGCUCUGGGACUAGCAUUCACAGUAUCCAUAUCACCAUUAUCAGCUCUGGGACUAGCGUUCACAGUAUCCAUAUCACCAUUAUCAGCUCUGGGACUAGCAUUCACAGUAUCCAUAUCACCAUUAUCAGCUCUUUGACUAGCAUUCACAGUAUCCAUAUCACCAUUAUCAGCUCUGGGACUAGCGUUCACAGUAUCCAUAUCACCAUUUGACUAGCAUUCACAGUAUCCAUAUCACCAUUAUCAGCUCUUUGUGACUAGCAUUCACAGUAUCCAUAUCACCAUUAUCAGCUCUGUGACUAGCAUUCACUGUAUCCAUAUCACAUUAUCAGCUCUCUGACUAGCAUUCACUGUAUCCAUAUCACCAUUAUCAGCUCUCUGACUAGCAUUCACAGUAUCCAUAUCACCAUUAUCAGCUCUCUGACUAGCAUUCACAGUAUCCAUAUCACCAUUAUCAGCUCUGGGACUAGCAUUCACAGUAUCCAUAUCACCAUUAUCAGCUCUGGGACUAGCAUUCACAGUAUCCAUAUCACCAUUAUCAGCUCUGGGACUAGAUUCUAUCCAUAUCACCAUUAUCAGCUCUGUGACUAGCAUCACAGUAUCCAUAUCACCAUUAUCAGCUCUGGGACUAGCAUUCACAGUAUCCAUAUCACCAUUAUCAGCUCUGGGACUAGCAUUCACAGUAUCCAUAUCACCAUUAUCAGCUCUGGGACUAGCGUUCACAGUAUCCAUAUCACCAUUAUCAGCUCUGGGACUAGCGUUCACAGUAUCCAUAUCACCAUUAUCAGCUCUGGGACUAGCGUUCACAGUAUCCAUAUCACCAUUAUCAGCUCUGGGACUAGCGUUCACAGUAUCCAUAUCACCAUUAUCAGCUCUGGGACUAGCGUUCACAGUAUCCAUAUCACCAUUAUCAGCUCUGGGACUAGCGUUCACAGUAUCCAUAUCAUCAUUAUCAGCACUGGGACUAGCGUUCACAGUAUCCAUAUCAUCAUUAUCAGCACUUGGACUAGAAUUCACAGUAUCCACAUUACUAUCAGCAUUGACUAGUACUCUGAGCAUCCACAUAUAAACAUUGACUAGCAAUGGAUGGGAACCAUCUGGGCACAGACUGCACAUCAUAUUUCAUAUCUGUUUGUAGUGAACCAUUCUUGUUAUACUAGUGAUUGCUUCUGCCAGCUGAUGAUAUAAAUGGGAUAUGUCAUGCUAGGGAUUCAGUUUGCUGAUUUUAGCUGAUGCAUGGGAGUGAAUGAGACACUAUUGCUUUAUUAAUUUAUGCUACAUGCAUUGUAUACAUUAUGCGUUUGUACAGUGUUCAUAGGCUUGAAUGAAGGAAGGGUGUGUUAAGUAGGUAGGUGUGUGUGCGCGCGCAACACAUCUUAAAGUGUGAAAAUUGCAAAUAUAUCUGCUAUAGUGUGUGUGUGUGUGUGUGUGUGUGUGUGUGUGUGUGUAUCUAUCUAUCUCUGGGAUGGGACAUAUGCAUCCUUUUCUAAAAGUUGGUUAUAAAUGAUGUGCUUAAAUUUUAGAAUGUUGAAUUGAUCUGCAAACCUAAAUUGUGAUCCUUUAGACAAUGAGUGGAGAUGUUGCAUUUUUUUUUUUUAGUGUGUGUGUGUGUGUGUAUAAAAUAUAUAUUAUAUUAUAUUAUUGCCCUUUUUAUAGGUAGAUGGAUGUGCCCAGAGUGGUUGUGUGUGGGUUUUUUUUUUUUUUGUUCAUAUCCUUGCAUUGGCAAUCUUAAGAACUACUACUUAUUCAUGGUGCUAUAUUUUUAUAGGAUGUGCUUGUGUUUGGAGAUAGUUUUUAGCUUUUUGAAGUACACUAGAAGGCAUUAACCCCUUAAAAUAUUUCUGUCCAGUGUCCUUAAGGGGUUAAGGAUGGGAUGUAAAAGUGAACUGUGUGUGUCAGCUGUAUGACCUCUGCUAUUAACCCUUUCUAGGUUAUGUCCUGUGAGUCAUGCAUAUGCAAGAUUUGUUUGUUACAGGAUGUGAUGCUUAUAAUCGCUCUUUCACUAAAAAUUUACUUGCCCUCAUUUUAUUGCUUUGUAGGUGGUUUAUCUGCUCAUUAUGUCAACCAAAAAUGCAUAAAUAUUUUAUAAGUUGCCUUUCUCUAGAUCAGAGAAUAGGUUUAACUUGCACAUGAUUAUUAACAUUGUGUGUGGAAUGUUUAGUGGUGACUAAUAUAUGGCACUCCUGCUGUUGUGUUCCUGUGGUGUUCAGUUAUCCAAAAAAGAACUAAACCCAUUUGCAGGAUAAGGAUUUUGCAAGCCAUGGUCCCCAACAGCUGGAGUGCCAAAGGUUAUCUUUUACUGGUAUAGGCACAGCAUUGUGCUGGGCGCUUUCCUGUUCUGCGGCCUCCUACUGAGCCUUUGAUCUUUUCUGAAUUGGCCUGCAAGGUGUGUACAAGAAUUUUAGAGUAAUAACCUUUUUAAUAUUAACACAUUUAUUUUACCCCAUAUUGUACAUAGUGCAUUGGUGCCAUGUGCCUAAGAUUAUCAGGUUACAUGCUUUCAUCUAUACCCUGACUUCUGUCCUAAUGUCUUUCUUCAUUGUUCAUGUCCAUAAAAAAAAAAAGCUUCCCUGAGGUCUGCAGAGUGUAAAGUAAACACACGCCUCAUACAAGCCGUUCUUGCUAAUAAAUAUUUCUAUUGCUUAGCCUAUCUUUGUGGUUGCAGAUCACAUGAUAUUCUUACCUGUCCACACACAUACCAUAGACUUCUAACCUUGGGUGUUUGGCAUUGGGUGGUGUAUGUCUGAAAGCUUGUGAAUUUUUGGUUAUUAAGAUUGCUACACAUUUGUGCAAAGGUGAAAGCAGGAGGUAUGCGGUUUACACGUUGUAGACUUGAGUGACGUUUUUUAUUUAAAGGAACACUAAAGGCACCCAGACCACUUCAUUGCAAAUAAGUGUUCUGGUUUCAGUACCAUUGCGGUGUUAAACACACCUCUAGCGGCUGUCUUCCUGCCAGCCUCUAGAUGCACUUCCGCUGGUUCUCAAUUGAAUACUGCUCAUAGAGAGCAUUUGAAUGGGGCAGUGUGGCAAUUUCAUCCAGGAAGGUUGGGCAGCUGUGGCAUGACCCGCGUGGCAAGGAAGUAAAGGUAAGUAAAACUUGCCUUUUAAAAUAGGCUAAAAUUUUAGCAUUAUAAAUACAUGUUUGUAUUUGUAACUUUAAAUCCACAUUUAGGGCAGAGUAAGUGGCCUCCAAUCUGUUUCUUUUAAAACCGCAUUUUAAGACCCGCUCCCCCUUCACUUCAGUUUCUUUAAAUAAUGUAAGAUGUAGUUAGUCACCACACAGUUCAUUGUUGAGCAUUGAAAACAGAAUGGAAAACAUUUGAAAUAUAAUGCAACGAAAGACAAAUACACUUGAUGUAAAUCUCCGGUGCACCCUCCAAAAUAACUAGUGUAUAAAAAUCAUCAAGCCAAUGUAUAGUGUGCAAUCUCAUUCCUGCUAUUCCAAAGUAAUAACAUGACCUUUUUAUAGUUAAAAAUAAAUAAAUAAAAUACAUAGAUGUGGGACAUAUCGAGCAAAGUACUACUACAAAGUAAUAGACUGAUGAAACUAUAAUAGAGCCCUCACGUUAAUAAGAGCCAUCAUCAGGCUCUGUAAACCCCAACUUCUGGGUGGUAAUCUUUGUAACUGAAUAUCUAUUAAGAAUCAUAAAACUGGGACGAUAGUGCAAUUUGCCAAAUUUUUCUUAAAAACCAAGUGGUGGGACUGUCUGGUGCUCUGACCAGCUUGUCUUUGUAUUCCCAUUCAUUCAUUAGCAAUAAUCACGCAGGUUUGGAGUUCUGGCAAUGUCCUCUGGCCCCUUUACCUUGUCUUGGCUAACAAGCGCUACGUAUAUACUAUAAGCUUCUUCAAGAAGCAUAGCAGUAUUGCACAAAUGCCUGCAUAUUAUAUAAGUAAAAGAGUCUUAUUGGCUAGUUCAAUACUUACAAAAUGAACCCUGUCCUAUUUCAUUACCUUGUAUAUACAAAGUACCUGCUUUACCUAUCAACUAUUCUGUACACAAAGCAAUGCAUAUCAUUGCUUUCUAUUCCAUACCCAUCACUGAUAAAUAUGGUGAAUUAGUAAAUCACAGUAUAGGGGCAAAUGUACAUGCAACAAAUUUUAAAGCACCGCUUCAAUCAAAAAUGUUAGUUAUUUAUUAAAAUAUAUUUUAGGUCUAAAGCGGCCCUGUCUUGCCAAACUACUCUUCCUCUCUCAGAAUUUGCUCUUUUCUUCUUAUUUAUGAUCUAGUUUUCUUUAAAAAAAAAAAAGAUAAAUUAGGGACUACUUUCUUAUGUAUUUUUCCUGCACUUGACUUUCUUUGACUAAAGGAGGAGAUUAAGUCUGCUCCAUUCUGACGUCAGCGGAGCGGAAUGCGCGGCAGUGCGGUGCGCGCAUUUAAAGUGUCCAUAGAAAAGCAUUUUUCAAUGCUUUCCUAUGGACGCUCUGCGUGAUGGCGGCAUUAAAUGCCUCCAGCGUCGCAGAUGUGCCUCUAGUGGCUGUCCGGAUGACAGCCACUAGAGGCUGGCUUAACCCCAAAUGUAAACAGGCAGGGUUAACCCCUUAAGCACCAAACGUCUGGAAUAAAAGGGAAUCAUGACAUGUCACAGAUGUCAUGUGUCCUUAAGGGGUUAAACCUAGAGGGACCUGGCACCCAGACCACCUCAUUGAGCUGAAGUGGUCUGGGUGACUAUAGUGUCCCUUUAACCCCUUAAGGACACAUGACAUGUCAUGAUUCACUUUUAUUCCAGAAGUUUGGUCCUUAAAGGGUUAAAAAUAAUAAUUUUAACUGAAUUAAAAAAAAAAAAAAAAAACUAUUACCCCCUCCCGACUCCACUACAUCUAAUUGACCCCCCUAUGCCCCCCAUAUUACCUAUUUUUAAAUCUUUUAUUUUGUGUUCGGACUUAGGUCCUACGCGCCGCCAUCUUUGUGUGAGUAGAUGAAGUCCCUGUGGGACAGUCAUCUGCCCACACUAGAUUGCGCUGUGAAAUUCCCGCACAUGCCCAGUUAAACACUUGGGCAUGCGAACAGGAAUUUCAUCUAUUCAUUCGUCAGAAAGACGAAUAAAUGAAUAGAAAUUUCAAAUGAAUGAACGAAGACCUCUUCAUUCGUUUGUUUGGUUUAUUACAAGGAGGGAGCUACAGGCCCAGCAGCUCCCUACUUGUAAUAUGUAAAAAUAGAAGCGGCAGGGAGCUGUGCUCCCCGCCACUUCCUAAGCCCCCCAUGUCCUCCCUCACUCUGUGGGAGUCAAUAUUAGGGGUUUUUUUUUUUUUUUUUGAGCUGAAACGAUAAUCUGUGAACUUUCAGGCCGAUAGCCGAUAACAACGAUAUUCUGUACGUUUACCAUUUUGAAAAAAUAAACUAUUUCUAAAGGUAAAUGCACAAAUAUACAUGCCACAUGUAGUGGAUGCAGUGUGUUUAGACAGGGGAGGUGUGUGUGAAUGCCCCUACUCGCUAUGCCGUGAGUAGGGGCAUGUCUACUAAACAGUGAGCAGCCCAUGGCUGCUCACUGAUGUAAAAAAGAGAAAAGCCCCCUCCCCGUAACAAAUGCCCCAAUGGUGGGGCAUCUAUUAACUAGCGAGGGAACAUGGUCGUCUCCCCAAACCCUUGCCCCUUGCCCCUGCGAGUGGGGGGCUAUAAAAGUAAACGGGGGACAUAGGGCUCCCCUUGGCGGCAAGUGGGGACCCUAAAUGAAAAUGGGGAGGGGGGACGGGGAACCUGACAGGUGGGGGCUAAGUGUAAAUAACACACACACACUCCCACUCCCUCUCCCCCUGUUUUCAGUUUUGCUGCACUUGCUUUAAAUUUUUUAUUUUUUUAUUUUUUUUUAUAUUAAGGUAUUUUUGUUGGUCGAGAAGAGUGGGGUUGUACAGUAUAACUUGCUGAUUUGUGAUUUGCAAAUCGGUGGUUUUGAGAGAGAAUUUAUACAUUUGGCUGUAGUCCUAGCUUGCAUAUUUUAGCCUUUUUGCAUUAGGGGAAAGCGGCCUCUUUAAGAUUUAAGCAUUGUCCUUUUUACUGGAUGUAAUGGCUAGCAAUGAUCACAUUAAUGCAACCAUGCAGGCUAUAUUGGCAAGAGACAAUUGCUCACACAUGGAUGUCUGUAUGCUAACCAUACAAUCGUCCACGCUUUGUGUCACAUUGCCCUAAAUUUUGUGACACAGCACAAGGCUGUUGUUAAAGUAGAUUGUUUUCAAAUAUAUUUAUUUUAUUAGAGAGAUUUUUAUAAUAACAAAAAUAACUUUUACAAUGAAAGAAAAUACUAUAAGUUAUACAUAAAGAGUUAAUAUCAGUGUAUCCAGUCCAUAUGUAAAUCAAUGAUGAAAGUAUUGAACGUUUAAUUUAUAGUCCAUUUUUAUUGUUAAAGUAGAUUCUGUUUUGAUCCUUUACAUUUAAUAAAAUAUUAAGGAAUCUACAUCUUGUUUACAUCAUGUGUACAUACAAAUCUAAUUGUAACUGUGUUUUUUGUUUUGUUUUUGUUUUUUGUUUUGUUCUGGUUGUCUUUAUGUGAUUUAGCAUGAUAAAUACAAUAGGCUUUAUUCAAUAAACCAAAUAGCUAAACUCUGACUACAAAAGGAUUAGUUCCAAAUCAGUUCUUUUGGCCCAAUUUAUGCAGUCCUGUUAGAUACCCCAAUGACUGUUAUUCACUGAAUUGAGUUGUAAGAGAUUCUUCAGAACAAAAUGCAAACUUCGGGCAGGAAUAGCGGUGCUUAAAAUAUUCAUGUAAGUUGGCUAUUUUCUAUUUUUAGCUAUCUUAGCCUUAAAUAUACAAUCUCUGCAAGUCACAGUUUAGUGACUAAAUGUCAGUGUAUUUAAUAUUGUGUCUUUAUCUUUCAUUGCCUUUGAAAUUAGGUUUUAUUAAUUGUGCAAUGGUUUUCUGUUCCACCUACAGUCCUGUUAAUAUAACACAUUUUAACUAAAAAUCGCUUUAGACAAAUGCUCCUUUUGAAUAUGUGAAUGCUGCACAGGAAUACUUCUUAGUUUUUUGUUGUGUUAUUGAGUCUUGCUUCUCUCUGUAUUAUCCAAGUAGACUGUAAAUUUCAUACAUUCACACACAGAUGCAUAUAAAUACACUGACACAUAGACUCAUACACAAUGACACAUGCGCACACAGAUUGAUACACUUUGAUUGUGUGUGUGUAUCUGUGUCACACAUACAUAUUAUAAUUAUUAUAUUGACAGCCACCCUCCUGUUGGUUACCUUUUGUGUCCAGGAGGGUGGCUUGUGUGGGGUCCUGGUUGAGGCUGAUGGGAGUGAGCAUACAGUAGCUCACGCCAACCUCACCACUGCCUUAUGCGCUGCGCUCUGUUAGGUGGGAGGAAGUUACAGGCUGACACUGCUGGAAGCCAUCUUGGGGGAGUGGACAACGUAGGAGUUAGACCGUUCGAGAAUGGCUUUACCUUGAGGUAAGAGUGCCUCCAGGAGCCACCUGACACCAUAACUUCAUUUAGAUGAAGUUGUUUUGCUGCCUGGAGUGUCCCUUUAAGUAAUUUUUGUAUGUUGUAUAAAAUGAAGUACUUGUCGAUCUCAGCCAAUCUAUUGCUUUGUCUAUGGGAAAGCAUUGGAUUGGCUAAAAUCAUCCAUUCUGAUGUCAACCAAGUAGGUGGAUUGGGGACGGGGUCAUGGCCAGCGUACCUGCGCAGCGUUUGGAAAAGAUAUGUUUUCUUACCUGUUAUUGGGGGGGAGGGGGGAGCAAAGUGGGGCAAGCAACCUAAAUGGUAACACUAUAGUGUUUCUUAUAAUUUUGUAAUUUUCACAAAAUAUUCUUUUUAAUAUUUUUGUCCCACAAUUAUCCUUACAUGCUGUUCCUCACGUCCCUAUUGAGUACUUGAUGAAGUUUCUAGGUAUUUUGUUGACCUUGUAUAGAGCCAAGCACCAGUAUCUGUGUGGCAUUGUCUCAAAGGAUUUCUUUUAGUCAAUCCAGGCUGUGUAGAGUGGUCUAUAAAGUCAAGCGGAAGCACCCUUUUCUGUAAGUUUUGUGAGACUCUUUCCUCAUUAGUAAUCAACAUUAUGUUUGCUUAUCAAUCAGUUGAUAUAGAUUCUCUCUGUAUAAAUGUAGAGUGAUGCAGAAAAUGAUGGCCUGCUGUAAAUGAUAACCUUCUUGUGUUAGGGCUACAUGCUAACAGAGUCUAAAGGCAUGUAGAAGAUGGUCAUGUUGCUCGCAUGCUUUUUGUGUGAAAUCUGUGACCUGUUUCAGUGGGUGAAAUUUUAAUAUCCACACAGUUAUAAAGGGGACCUGUAAUCUUUCAUUUGAUGGUUGUUCCUCUUUCUGUCUCACUAAAUUCUAUUUAUGCACUUACAGGUGCAUUUUAGUUAAAAGGACACUAGGCACUCACACCACUUCAGCUCAUUGAAGUGGUAUGGAUACAGUGUCCCUAUUGCACUUAGUGCUGCAAAGUAAAACAUUGCAGUUCCAGAAACACUUCAAUGUUUACAUUGAAGCACCAGGUCUGUCUUCCAGACAGCCACUAGAGGCGCUUUCUGACGCCAGACAUACUCGCUCUGCAUGAGGGCAUCCUACGUCAGCUUUUUUCCGCUAGAAAAGCAUUGAUUCAACUCUUUCCUAUGGGGAGGCCUAACAUGUGCGCGGCACUCGCUGCGCAUGUACAUUAGCGCCCACCAACGGGGGGGGCAGAGGGAGCUUAAGUGUCACGAAUAUAGCUUUGUAUUCCUGGCACUAUAAUAUCCCUUUAACUUUUGGAUUGCAAAAUGAGAUUACCCUUCCUAAGCAUCAGUGCAGGUAGAUGGGAGAUGGGUGUGCUUGCUGUAUAAUUUAAAGUACCACGAUUGUCACCCUGGCCACUUCAUCUCAAUGAAGUGGCCUGGGUACCGUGGUCCUGUCAAUUUUAACAAAGGUUGGGGGGGGGGAGGGGGAGCCAAUUACCUUGAGGUGUUACACACCUCCAGCAUCUGCUGCAAGGACUGCAUAAAACCUUCAUUUUAUUUUUGUAGCACACACAGAGGGGACUCUAUAUAACCAAGUACUGGGACGCUAAAGUGUGGGGAAUAUAGGUUUGUGUUCCUAAUGCUCUAGUGUUUCUUUAACCACUGUUUAUGUUAGCCAGUCUGCUAAAAUAAAAAUUUUAUAUAGCUCCAACAUAUUUUGCAGCACUGUACAGUUGGAAGCAAGACAGACAUUUAAUAACAAAACAUGUUUGACAUACAGAAAUAAAGGUGAAGAGGCAAAACUGUAUAGGUUACCUGCUAAAUUGUAGUAGGGCCAAAGGGAGAAUUCAGCUCAUUAAAGGUAUGUUGUAUUAUUCUUGCAAACAAUGCUGUAGAGCAGUUUGUAAAAUGAGGUUUGUGUUCAUACAGUGAAUUUUAUUGAAAUAUCACUUUAUAGCUUAUACUGAUUAGAAACAUUAGAAAAGCUGGUAAAUUAUUGUUGACCAUGAUAAAAUAUAUACCUGAUUCUUCAUAUUGAACAAUUAUUUUUCAAUUUACUGUCACUGACAUAAUGUGGUUUUCACACAUAAUUUUUUUUUUCCCACUGGAUGCUUUCAUUCCAUUUCUAAUAUUGGAUUUUCACAUGUAUCCUCCAAUUUGCUGUGCACAUGGUUUUUAAUACUGUAUUCAAAGCAUUCACACUUCCUUUUUACUGUUGGGUAAUAUCCGAGUAAGGCCACAUUGACCUUUCAAAUCCCAUUUUUGGAUUCAAUGCCAGAUUUUUUUUCUUUGAUUGUAUGAUGUUAUCACAUGGGUAGCUGUAAGGCAGAGGCUAAUGCUUUAUGCUGAUCACAGGCACAGUCUUCUUUAUUUUAAAGAGGCAGCUCUGCUCUCACUAGCAGCACAGUUCUGACCUUAACUCUGUUAAAGGAACAGUCUAACAAUAAAAAUAUUUAUAAGUUGCAAAUUGAUGAAAGUCCAUGGCAUGAGAGUAUACUUGCUGAUCCAGAGUAUCUUCAAUUCUUUUUACUGAGUUGGGUGUGCUUUUAAUUGACAUAUGUGCCCUGUUUUUGGGCAUUAUUAUAUAAUUUGGCAUUGUUAUAAGCGACCUAUAAAAUUUAAAUACUUUAUCAUCACAGAUCCGUUAAUACUUCUCAUCCCCUUUUUGUUUUUUAAAGCUCCUUUUCAUUUUCAGCACUGCUUCCUUUCUCAGACUACCUCUCUUUUCUGGUAGAACCAACCUUUUUCUCCUUUCAGUCCCUCUUUUUCCUUCUCAUUCCAUUCCUCUUUUGUUAAGCCCUCCUUCACUUUACAGAUUACCUUCUUCUGUAUAUGAUGGGAAGAUGAGCAUUGCUGCAAGGUUCUGACACUUAUUGCAUUUCAGCUAUCUCCUUCCUCUGUGCAUCAAGGAGGAAGAUAUAUCCAGAAUGUCACAGGGUAAUGACGCCUGUCUCUCAAACCCUUGCACAUGCAGCAUGGGAAGGAGAAUAGGAAUUCUCCUACUCUCUAAUAAACUAUAUAACAAAAAUAAAUUCAUAUAAUACACUUGGUUUUCAAACAGGGGUGUUUGGGACUUUGUGGGAUGCACUUGCACUGGUACUCUUCCCCCCCCCAGACCCGUGCCUCUUGCAUCAUUGGAUCCAGUAUUUAGCCAUAUAUAAACAAGUCUCUUUUUGCCAUUGGUCAGAGAUGGGUGCUUGUUGGACAUCACAUGCACAUAACUGAAGCUAGAAUGAACAUGUUGGCCAGUGGAAUGUCAGCCAUGGAAAAUGCUUGUAUUCUGACACAAUCUGGUUUUAAUACUGUACUGUGCACUAUGAUCAAAACCAGGAUGGGAAUUCUCCCUGUAAGUGCAAACAAUCCCACUGCUCUGAUUUCCAUAGGGGUAAGCAGCACUUACUGCAUGGUGAAAAGAUCAAAGUGUACUAAUGGUGAGAUAAUUACACCCUUCUAGUAUCAUUGUGCACUAAUGGAAGGGACAGAUUUGCAUCUGUCUCCCUGAAACAGAAUUAAUGUUUAUUAAUGGUCCCUUACAAUUAUGGUUGCUUUACGGUACUAUAUCAAGUAAUUUUUCAUAUGCUGCGAUAAAUAAUAAAAAUAAAAAAAGAAAAUGUAUAUUCAAAUUUGACUUUUAAGGCUACUGGAGUGCUUGUCUUAGUGGCCGAUUUCUGUUUUCUAAGUUUGGUAGCCUUCAAUCAACCCCAAGCUCUAACUAAAAGUUAGCCCAAUUGGUCUAAUUUUGUUUUUUCUUUUUCAUUAGUCACCUGGCUGUCCUGGCACAGUCUAAACAUACCAUGCAAAAUAAUUGAAUUUGCACAGUGUGUAUGAAUUGGUAGAAAUAAAAAUUAUUUUUUUUUUUUCUCCAAAUAUGGAAGUUGCCCAUUUAUACUUUUCCUUCAUUGCAUUACUUGGUCUGGUAAAAGCUUAACUCCUUAAGGACACAUGACAUGUGUGGCAUGUCAUGAUUCCAUUUUAUUCCAGAAGUGUGGUCCUUAAGGGGUUAAAGGGACACUAUAGUCACCAGAACAACUACAGCUUAAUGUAGUUGUUCUGGUGAGUAUAAUCAUUAUAUGCAGGCAUUUUCAUGCAAACACUGCCUUGAUCAGAGAAAAGGCAGUGUUUACAUUGCCCCUAGGGACUCCUCAGAUGGCCACUGGAGGUACUUCCUGGGGCAGUGCUGCACAGUAGGCAGCUCUGCCGUUCACUGUCCCCACGCUGUACAUGGGGAUGCUGAAUUUGCCUCAUAGAGAUGAGGAGGUGCUGAUUGGUCAAAACGGCGUUUGGCCUUGCCCCUUGCUGAUUUUAGCCAAUCCAAUGGAUUAAUCAAUCCAAUUGGCUAAAAAGCGUUAAUUCUGAUUGUCACCAAGGUGGCAGGGCCAGUGCCGGCAGACCUGCACAGCACUGGAAAUAAAGUGAGUUUUUCAUGAUUUUAAGAGGGUUAAGGAGGUGGCAAGCCACCUUAAUGGUGGGUUUUGCUUCUGGGCUGAGAAAAUAGGGAACCAAGACAUUAGAGAAUAAUGAAUAAGGUAAGUGACAAUUUCUACUUUAAUUUCCCAUAAUUCGCUAUACAUUUUUAUUUAAAUAAAAUACUUAUCCAAUGAACAACAUUUAUAGUUCAUAUGAAUUUAACGGAUAUUUGUAAUUUAUGACCAUGCAAGUUAAUACUGUAGAGCAGGAGAGGACGGGGGGGUGUUGUAUAUAGAUAGAUUAUGCAAAUAGAUGGCUUCACUCACGGUCUUUCGAUUUAAAAAUGAGCUUUUAUUCCAAAAUAGUUCAAAACGGGAUCACACAUUUUCUGUGGGUAAAGCAAGUCUUAUGGCUUGACUGGUGUGCAGAUUUUUGUGUAACAUUGUAUUAAAGGGACACUAUAGUCACCAGAACAACUACAGCUUAUUGAAUUUGUUCUGGUGAGUAGAAACGUUUACAUUUACAUUACAGACUAGUGAUAAUUUCACUGACCACUCCUUAUAUGGCUGUUAGAGAUCUUUCCUGAGUCAUGGUUGCCUAAAAUGCAUCCAAACAUUCAGUAUCUCCUCCCUCUGCAUGCAGACACUGAACUUUCCUCAUAGAGAUUCAUUGAUUCAAUUCAUGAGGAGAUGCUGAUUGGCCAGGGCUGUUGAUGUCAGUGGGCAGGUCUAAAGGAAAUAUGGACAAACUAUGCAGCUGCAGGCUUGCAUUGAAGUAAGAUUUUACUUUAUUUUUAGAGGCAUGAGGGGCCCAGGGGGGCUAGAUGGUGGUUUUAACCCUAUAGGGUCAGGAAGACAUGUUUGUGUUCCUGACCCUAUAGUGCUACUUUAACUAUCCAGACUUCAGGUGGAAAGGGUUUUUCAAUCACAAAUCAAAUGUCAGCAGGACGUGCUGUAAGUAUCCUUCUCAGGCUUACCACGGAUGCGUUCUGACUUGCAGAAAUAGGCAGCCACCAAGCAUUCACCCCACAACUUGUUUUUACUGUUGCUAAAAUAGUUUCAGGAAAUAGUCUUGAAGCAUGGGCAGUAAAGGUAUUUAGGAAUGUUCCCUGGGGCUAAUGUGAAUGUGACAGGUAAAUUACUGGCUAGGCAAGGCUUUAAAUAGGUAACAAAUGGGAAGUGUGGGUGGGUCUGUAGCUGCAUGCCCUGCCUACCUGCAAAGGGCGUUUGCCACCUUUGCUUUAUUUCCUCAAAGCUUGCAAGCUGGUCUUUACAUUUUUUAGUUGAUCAAGCAGGGGUGUCCUCUAUUUGAAAGAACAGAAAUCAGCGAGUAAUCCUUUUUCUAAAACUGCCUGCAUCCAUACUGAGGUCUUGCUGCACCUUAUUCCAAUGACAGACUCGCCAAGCAAUUCUCCUGGAGGGCCUGUGCCGGGUAAAUGGAUCUGUCACUCACUGUCUUUUUUGUGUAGUGUUCUAUGUGUAGUAGAGAAUGUAUUUGCUCCUUCUAAUUCAACACCUGCUAUGUAAUGGAAACUUUAUUCUUUUUCACAUGUUUACUACAUUGUGAGCAGUAUUUAUGAUCUUAAGCACAGGGGUUGUUACCUCAACAUUCAAAAUGUUAACUAGCUAAAUUAUUGUCCUAGUUGUAUUUUAUUGUAAAAUCACUUUUUUGUUGUUUGUAACGUAUCCCUUAUAGUAUGGCUAUCUUAGGCCUGACAAAGGCUACAUGUUGUGAAACGAUAAAUACAAAUAUGUAUAUAAUUUAUUUUUUUACAGCAUAUAAUGGUUGUCUUUUCUUCAAAUGAAGUGUGAAUUUCAUACAGCAUCUACCCUUGACUCAAGUGGAAUUAGUGUGUGGCUCUUGCCUGUAAAUCUUGAGGUUUUUCUUGGCCCUGCAACGUAAAUGGAAACUUGUGUUUGUCAGUUGUUGUAAUGCAUGUAUUGAUUCCACUCUAUUUUUUUUUUUUUUCACUUCACUCUGUCUAAAUGUUUAAAAAAAUAUGCCUUUUUAGCAUUGUAUUAAACUCCUGCCUCAUCAGCGGGUGUGGGGAUUUUGUUGGUGGCAACUGCAGCACAAGCAGUUGCAUUUGAUGUCAAGUGAAUGCACAUAAGAUUGUUAAAUGUGUUUUGUGUAUUCCCAGAAUGCACUGCUAAUACAGCAUGCACUUGAGCACAGUGCCUCUUUAUGUAUAGGCUUGACCUCUAAGGUUUCGGUGCACUGCCAAUUAAUUAAUGCAGUCAAUUCACUUAAAAAUGUUCUCUCUGGUUGCAUGAUCUGUAUUGAUUCAUGUAACUGAUGUUCAGAGUACUUCUAGUAUAAACAACCUAUGUAGAUUGAAGCACUCAUUUUUUUAACCACCUUAGCAUGUUUCCAUGUUUGCAUAGUCAGCUGUUUGUGUGAGUUGAGGCCAUCAAUUAGAGCAUGGUCAUUGCUUGAUCUUCCUACCGUUACCAGUUCAUUAUGGAACAUGUAAUUAUUAUUAUUAUUUUAUUUAUAUAGCGCCAGCAAAAUUCCGUAGCAUUGUACAAUGGGCUAAUAAAGCACCAGUGUAAAAAAAAAUAAAAAAAAAAAUGAUGUAGGCACGGACUAAAUAAAGAUGUGCUUCAAUGAACUUUUUGGUGUUAUGACCUUUUUUAAUAAGGGACACUUAAAGACUUCCUGGAAAGAGUCAUCUAAUGUUUACACUUUUUUGCUAACUUGUUUAAUUUGGAAUUUCUUAUCUCCUGCUUUAAUAGUCUUUUAGACACUGCAGGAACUUCCUGUAUGUAUAUAAAGUUCAAUUUACAGAGCAGGUGAUAUAAACCGAAUUAAACUAUUUUGUCAGUCACGGCCAGGGGAGGAGUGGCUAUGUCUGCAUAAACAGAAACAAAGGUGAUUUAACUCCUAAAUGGCAGUAUUGAGCACGGCGUCUUUAGAAGCAUGAUCUAUACAACAAAACUGCUUAAAUAAACUAAAGGCGACCAUACUGAUCCUAUAAAUAUAUUUGUGGUUGGAAACGUUUUAUUUUUUUGGGGCACCAAAAGUGAUCAGUAGUUCCCUGCUUUUCCUUUUUUCUUUGGCAUAUUAGUGUAUAUACAGUGGAGAUACUGACAUAGAUAACAACACUACAUACAUACAUAUUCAGGUCAAAAUUGUAGCCACCCUCCUGUUUCGUACCUUUUGAGUACUGAAGGGUGGCUUCUGCUGGCUGGGGCUGUUGGGAGUCAGGUAUAGGUAUUGCACUGCUGGUUCACCCCCUCCUCUCUGCUUCUUUCUCUCGCUCCUGCAUGGGAGGAAUUAACAAGGUCUCACUGAAUUUUCUUUUAAUUUUUUUUUUUUUUUUUGUGCGUUUCCAUGGGGUUACUGUUUUGUACCGCCAGAGGUACGUGUAUUACAGGUAGGAAACCACUAGUCUAGAUGAUGGUUUCUAAACAUUUUGUUAUGUAGUACCAAUAACUUAUAAUUUUGAGUAGCAAGACUUCCUCUAAUAAUUUCCACUUCUACAAACACAAUUUGAAAAACGUGUUGCCUACAUGUAGUUGUUGUUCUAGCCAAGAUUCCAUGAAUGUACAAUGCCACAAUUUGGUAGGAUAGUUUCAUAGACAUGCCAGAGUCUGAUGCAGCAGAUAUUUUAUAGAGCAUGUGCACUGCCAAUUUAACAUGCAACUGAUCUGGAGCAGAGAGACUUUUUUUUUUUUUUUGCGGUGGGGGGAGGAUCUGUGUGAUCUGACUCCUGAAAACCCCCAUUACUCACUUCCCAUUAUAGCGUCCCUUCCUCUGUGCUGUUCCAGGAGGAAACUGUUCACUACAGAUAAACAGUAUAGUUUAACAUGUAUCUUUAACUCCAGUUUUUACCAUUCUACACUAUAUUUACAGUUUCCAUUUAAUGGUUGUACAUAGAUUGUAUAAGAUAUAAGGUGAAAUAUGCAAAAAAAUCUGCAAGCCAAUUGAUUUAAUUUGAACUAUUCCAUAUGUAAUGCUGAUCUUUUCUACAGCCAAUGUAUUUAAUUAAAAGCAUACAACAGUUACACAAUUCCUACCCAGCAGAGGUCACAUGAUGAAUAAUUCCCAUGAUCUUCUACCAAACAAUGGAUUUGUAGGUCCUAAAUAAAUCUCCUCAUUUAGCAAUAGAAGUAUGGAGCACUCAUGUUUUUCUCAGAUGAUGUCAAUGACAAUCAUGGGCAAACAGAAGUGGGAACAUUUCUGUUCUAGUAACAAACGCCCAGAACUUAAAACUUAUUCCAGACUACAUUUGAUCCCAUCCCUUAAAAUGGAAUGCUGUUUCAGCAAGGAUCAGAAAGUGUCUGAAAACGGGCAGUUAAGAGUGGCUGCAUAAUUUUCUACUUUGCUAAAUAAGUAAAUUGCAAUCUCACCCAUGUUGAAAUUUCUUAUAUAAUUUUUUUUAUUUAUUUUUAAAUCGCGGUAGGAUUUAAAGCUUUGUCGCCAAGGAAGUGUCACUUUUAUAGUGGAAAUACACUUUUUUAAUUAGAAGAAUAUUUGUGAAACAAGGGCAUUGCAUUGGUAGCUUUAUUUUAGAAUUAUUAAAUUUCUUGUGACCUAAAUGUAUUUCAGACUUUAUUGUAAAUCUAAUUAAAGCGGUACUGUAUCUUCUCUGGUAUUUACACCAUUGAAAAUCACCUGUUGUCUCCAUAGACCUUAUAGUCCAAUUGACCUAUAAAGUCUAUGGAGAGAAUAACAAAAAAGUUUGUUUUACAGAUAUUAGUCUCCACACCCCCUACAAACACUGGAAAAUAAGUUUUUCACCUGAAAUUCAUUGCUAGGUGAAGCCCCUGGUGCUGCACAGUCGCAGCAAAGUCCAUUGAAAAGCUUCUUAUUGAGAAGCCUUUGAUGGGACCAUUUUAGACGACUCCAUAUGCAUGCACGAGCUCUCAGCCAGCACAUGGAAGGAGGGUUGGACCUUUAACAAAAAUGAUAAUAAAAAAAAUUAAAAAAAUCAUUCUCACAGUGUGAUGGGAGGCAGGAGCACUGCAAUAGAACAGUGUGAAGGUAGACACGUCUGUUGCAAGCGCUCAGUGCGUGCUGACGACAGAUGGUUUUUUGUUAGUUAUUUUUAUUUUUUUGCACCGAAUUUACAUUUGACAGCCCAGAACAGAGUUGGCACGCAAGUUUAAAAAUUAACUCUGGAUUUGUAGUGUUUCAAGCUGAAGCACAUGCAGAUUCCUUCCUCCAUGACCAAGUACAAGUGGUAAAAUCACUUAACAUGUCUUAAAUGAAUACAUUUUUGUGUUUCUAUUCCCUCCCCCCCCUCCCCCCCCCUUUUAUUUUGUUUAUCGAUGUAGGAACAAUUUUUUGAGGAGUGUUGUUCUUUACCUUGCUGCCAAAACAUGACUUUGUACAUGAAAUCAGAUGCAGUGGUCUUUGGAGAUCUCCCUAUGGUAAUAAGGUUAGAUUAAGCCUCACAGCCAUGCUUUUGGACACAUGCCAGCUCAUAUUGGCUGCAGCCCAAUAGCUGAUGCUUCCUUAAUUUAAAAAAAAAAAAAAAUGUUUUUAUUGUUUUUAGAUUUACUUUGAAGAAGUGAUGUCAUCUCUGCUGUAUGUAGCUGAAGGAAUUUAGAAGCUGCUUUAAUGCUGCAGUUGUCCCCUUAUUCAUUCUGUGGCCUCUCUCUCCAUUUUUAACUGAAGGAAUACUGAGAUUCACCGUGGAAUCACUAAUUUGUCACAUUUGUAUGAAACAGGGAAUCACACAAUAAUUCAGGUUUAUUUUAAUUUUUGUGUGUACAAUAUAGUAAAUAGAUUUGGGGUUUUCAUGAACUGUAAGCCAUAAUCAUCGCACUUAUGACAAAUCACGUCUUGAAAUAUCUUGCUUUGCAUGUAAUGCGUCUCAUAUAUUAGUUUCCCCUUUUACAUUGCAUUACUGAAAUAAAUUAACUUUUUCACAAUAUUCUAAUUUUUUGAGUAUUGUAUGUAUGUAUAUAUAGGGAUGUGUGUGUGUGUGUGUGUGUGUGUGUGUGUGUGUGUGUGUGUGUGUGUGUGUGUAUAUAUAUAUAUAUGUAUAUGUGUGUGUGUGUGUGUAUAUAUGUGUAUAUACACACACACACACACACACACACACACACACACACACACACACACACACACACACACACACACACACACACACACACACACACACACACACACACACACACACUGUGUGUGUGUGUGUGUAUAUUUAGACAUAGCCGAAAUGACCGCACUCCAAGGACUUUAUAGAGAUUUUCAAAUAAAAUGUAACUUAUUCAAUCCAUUUAAAAAGUCAACGUUUCAGCUCCCACAUGGAGCUUUCAUCAUGUUUUGUCCUGAUGAAAGCUCCAUGUGGGAGCUGAAACGUUGACUUUUUAAAUGGAUUGAAUAAGUUACAUUUUAUUUGAAAAUCUCUAUAAAGUCCUUGGAGUGCGGUCAUUUCUGCUAUGUCUACAUGAUCCUUGCCAGACCUGCACCGGGCACCACAGGAUUACACCAGGAGUGAAUGAGAGAGAGAUAAUAUGAAACUGUCUGCCUUGCUUCAACUCAUUCUGUAUGCAAUUUGGCAACAAUUAUAGCAACAGAGAAAAUGUUGGUGAUGUCACUGUGCUCAGCCUUUAUACAUACUCAAGCACAGCGGCUCCAUCUUUGAGUUUGCUUGUCUUCUGUCAAGUGAUGCUUGGUCUCUUCAGUUUUGAAAUAACUUUAUUGAAUAAGCAACAUGGGCAAAAUUAUGUAAGCCCAAUUUCUGUGGUAUGUAUUUGGAUACCAAUAUAAAAGGAAGAGAGAAUAAGUGAAAAAGGGACUUUAACAACAUUGUAUGCAUGAUAACCAUGGUUCCAUACCGUUAUUAGUCAGUUUUCUGACAAAAUAUAAUUUUUGGGACAAAUUUGACAGUCAGCUGGCACUCCGCUAAUGAACACAGAUGGAAUUGACGUCAACAAGUAGGAACCUCUGCAUUAGUGCCAUCCCAAAAGGAGGCUGGACUGUGGAGGAUCCUGUGAAGCAUAAAAAAAAAAAAUGACUUAUUGUGGGAUAGUACCUGAACUCCUGGCAACAUAACCACUAAGAUGUGUUAUUGCGCCUUAAAUGUUCCAUUUCAUGCAGUGUCUAACUACCAUAGUUGUAAUUUUUCAAAUUUUCUGUCAUCAUGGUAGCAUUUUAAAUUGUCUGCAGCAGUUUUGUUAAAUCCUGCAUAUUUGUCUUUCUUAUUUCUUUGUAGAAACUAUGAGGCGUGUUGUGCGACAGAGCAAAUUCCGGCAUGUCUUCGGACAAGCGCUGAAGAACGAUCAAUGCUAUGAUGACAUUCGGGUUUCCCGUGUCACCUGGGACAGCUCAUUCUGUGCUGUGAAUACCAAGUUUGUUGCCAUAAUCAUUGAGGCAAGCGGUGGGGGUGCCUACCUUGUUCUUCCCCUGCAGAAGGUAAUUUAUUUUAUGUUUCUGAAAAAAAAAACUACUGAGAAGGGAUUUUUUUCAAUAUAAAGGUUGUUAACCCCUUAAGGACACAUGACGUGUGUGACAUGUCAUGAUUCUCUUUUAUUCCAGAAGUUUGGUCCUUAAGGGGUUAAUGGAGCUAGUGAAGAAAAUGUGCCUGUGAAUAAAUUACAUGUUGAUAUAGAUCAGUGAUGGCGAACCUAUGGCACGCGUGCCACAGGUGGCACGCCAGGCCCUCUCUGUGGGCACACGGCCAUAGCUCGCCAUCAAGGCAGAGUAGGCACCUGCCUGGCCAAAAGGGCAAGCGCCUACUUUGCUUCCGUGUCGGGAGGACAGGGGGAGCGAUCUGAGAAGCAGCUCUCCCUUGCUCCCGAGAGCAAUCAGUGUGGAGCGUUGCCGUGCGUUACCAUGGCAACACUCUACACAGCAUCGUGCGGGCGGGAGGAGGGCAGAGCUGCAGGACCUGUCCCUCUUACCACCACCGGACCACAAGGGAUUUAUGUGUCCCCCUCCCCCCCCCCUUUCCCAUAAGGUAAGCAGAAGGGGGGGGGGAAAUCAGAUGGUAAUAUAUUUGCAGCCCUCCCCACCAACACACACAGCAGCCUUCUCAUACAUAGCACCCAAAACCUCCCCCCCACACACACACGUAGAGCACCCCUUUCACGCAGAGCACCCAGCACCUCCCCCCCCUCACACACAGCACCCGCACCCUUCCCCACACAGCACCCCUCUCACAGCACUCUCGCAAACACACAGCACCCCUCAUACACAGCACUCCGCACCCGUACACACAAACACAUACACUGCCCCCCUCAAUGCAGCAUGUGUGUGUUUGUGUGUAUGUAUUCAGCCGUUUGUGUGUACUCCGCAGUCUGUCUGUACUCAGCAUUCUGUGCAUGUGUGAGUGUGUAUUCAGCAGUCUGUUUGUAUGUGUAUUCAGCAGUCUUUAUGUAUUGAGCAGUCUGUGUGUAUGUUUGUGAGUGCAUGUAUGCAGCGGACUGUGUGCAUGUAUUCAGCGGACUAUGUGUGUGUUGGUGUGUAUGUAUUCAGCAGUCUGUGUGUAUGUAUUUUAUGUAUGUAUUGCAUUUGUUGGCGAUACUAAAAUAUAAGCCUAAUUUUAUCUAUAAUUUUAAUUUGUAUUCCUGUGCGUUGUGUGUAGGCAGGGCCCCAGUGCACUGCUUUGCCCAGGGGCCCAUAAUGUUGUUAAGGUGGCACUGGUGGGUGGGAUGGAGGGCUGCGAGGGAGCACUGACUUACGUGUGGUUACAGCACUGCUCCCUCCAUUGAUGCCGCCGGGAGACAUGAAAUGGCGUCAAUCAGGCGCCGCCACCUGAUUGACACAAUUUCCUGUUUUGCUGGCAGCAUCAGCAUAGGGAGCAGUGCUGGAACAGCACGUAAGUCAGUGCUUCCUCGCGCCCACACCCCCUUACAGCAGCGUGAAGGAGGUAGGGAGCCAGGGAGUACUUCAAACUCCCACCCGCACCAAAAAAAAAAUAUUAUUUGUGUGCUGGUAGGGAGAGGGGAUAUAAUGGGGGAGAGGGGAUAUGCUGGGGUAGUGAGGGGAAAAUGCUGCGGGGAGAGGAAGAGGAGAUGCUGCUGGAAGAGGAGAAUUAGUUUGGACAACUGUAAGAGUUUUUUUCUAAAUGUAAACCUUAGUAUUCGGGUUUAAUUGCUGUGUUGGCACUUUGAGGAGAAAAAAGUUGGCAUGUAUUGCGGUUUGGACACUCGGGCUCAAAAAGGUUCGCCAUCACUGUUCUAGAUGAUGUUUAUAUUUUGUAUGUAUACCAUUAUGAAGAGGAAUCUUUUAAAGUCAGUCUUAUGCAUAUCAAUCUUAUUCCACAGUGUAACCUCAUUUACAUGUUAGGGGAAGUUAAAGGAACACUCCACACACCUAAUACACGUCUGUUUUCUGAAGUGUUUUGUGUGUCUGGAGUUUGCUAUAUUUUUUUGAAAGUUUAGAAAAUGGCAGAUUUCAAUAGAAAUCAGCCAUAACUCUUCUAAUUCACUCAGACAGGGAGGUUUUAUUCCACUUCUUUUUGCUCCAAGGAGCCAACAGAAGUGUCAAGCAUGCUGGGCUGUUCUACAACUCAUUGAAAAGCUGUGUGUGCAGAAUGGGAAACCUCUGGGGUUUAGGAAGUCUGUGCGAAAAGAGUAAGGACUUGCAAAGGCUGCAGAUAGGUUGUGGCUUUUUUUUUUUUUCUUCAUAUACUCCCACAGACAAUGUGCAGAAAAAAAUAUAUACUUGCUUUAACCCCUUAAGGACACAUGACAUGUCUGACAUGUCAUGAUUCCAUUUUAUUCCAGAAGCUUGUUACUUAAGGGGUUAAUAUACUAAGUGGUUUAAAUAAAUAAAUCCAUGGAUUGUUCCUUUAAAGGGACUGUAUAGUCACCACAACCACUGCAGUUUAAUGUAGUGGUUCUGGUAUCUAUAGUACAGUAGUUCCCAACCCAGUCCUCAAGUACCCCCUACCAGUCUAGGAUUUAGGGAUUACCCUGUUGUGUCUAAAGUGUUUAUUUUGUAUAUUUUAUUUUUUACAUUUUUUUUUAUUUUUCUGUCUAAAACACCUUAGACACAACUAGGUAAAUCCCUAAAUCCUGCACUGUUAGGGGAUACUUGAGGACUGGGUUGGGAACUGCCGCUAUACCAUGUCCCUGGAGCCUUAACUCUGUGAACACUGCCUUUUCAGAGAAAAUGCAUUGUUUGCAUUGCUGGCUAGUUACACCUCCAGCUGCAGUCACUAAUACGGUCACUAGAGGUGCUUCCUAUGAUGCGCAGCACAGGCUUUCAGCAUCUCCACGCUCCCCAUAGUGAUGCAUUAAUUCAGUGCAUCUCUGAGGAGAUGCUGACUGGCGCAGUAUUUUGCUGCACAUGCGCCAACACCUUCAAAAUGAAUAAUCUCAACCAUGUAGGAGGGGCCAACAGCGACGAGACCCGCGUGAUAUGGGGAAAAAAGUGAGUAAAAUCACCUUUUAAUAUCCAGAAAGAGAAGGGCAAGGGACCUAAUGCUGCAUUCCAGCACAGUAGUAUAAGGAAUACAUGUUUGUAUUCUUGACACUAUAGUGUUUCUUUAAUGCUUAAAGGGCUUACCCAUUUAUUUAUUUUUAUCUAUGUAUUUUUUGCUUCCUGUUAUUGUAAUUAUUUUAUUUUUAUUUAUGCCAAUUCUCUGAAAAUGUUUUUGCAAUUAAUUUACACAUGCAAAUGCUUCAUUAUUGGAGACACUAAAUGUUUGUCUUUUUAAAUUAGACUGGAUAUUGAUUCAGUGGUUUCCAGCACAGUUCUGUUUAUAAAUGGCUAUACAUAUACAUUAGUUUUGCAUGCGCUAACAGUGGUAAACAAAUUUUACUGGAGAUCCUUUGUUACAGGUUAUGUAAAAGCUUUUUUUAAAUGAAAUGGAAAAUCUUUUGAAUUUAACAGUGUGACAUUAUUGAUAUUUAUAUUGGGGAUCCGUAUUAUAUCUGCAUCCAUCAUAAAUUUCAGAUUUAUUUGAAAAACCUUUAGCAAGAAAGCCAUUCCAGUUACUAUCAUUUUUCUAAACCACUUCUACUGCACACUACUCCUCCCAUUCUUUACUUCUUGUUCCAACAGCAUCUUUAUUUCUCUUUGAUACACUUUUUUUUUUUUUUUUAACAUGCAUUCCUUUUAUGUUGCAUAUGUGACUUUUCCAACAAGAUGUGCUCAGCUGCCAAACACAUAGGCACUCUUUCCCCUCCAGCUUGCCACUCCUUCCACAUCCUACAUUUAUAAGCAAAUGGACCAUAUGUGGUAAUGUGUUUGCUUUCAGAGUUCGUUUCUAGAAUCCAUUUUGUAAAAGUGUGAAGCUCAAAUGGCUUAUGAGUUUUACACUUCAGGAAGAGUAAUAGUUGUAAUCUAAAAAUGAGUUGUCAGUGGAGAGUGUGCAGUUUAGUGUAAUACAUUCAUACCUUAAAAAUAUACAGAUAUGUAUAGGUAGCUCAUGGGCUGUCUAAGCACUUUGUAUAAAAGAGCAUCAAUGGCUAGAUCUCGCAGGCGCAGGGCCUUCUUUACCUUUUGUAUUGUCUGUGCAUAUUGUAUGUUCAAUUAGCUGCGGAAUAUGUUGGCGCUUUAUAAAUACCAGUAAUAAAUGGGUUAUGGCCCCUGCUUUCUGUUAUUCCCUACUUAUUAAUGCCUUAAUCAGAUUUGUAUAUUCACUAAACUAUUUAACCUUUUUAAUUUUUUUUUAUUGUGCUUAUAUUUUUAAAUACUUGCAGUUUUAUUUUUUCAUUUCGUCUCCAUACUGUUCUUUGAAGCAUGCAGGAGAUGUGCAAACAGUGUUUGCUUGGCUCAUGGUUCCAGCAUGAUGGUAUGUUAGAUAGGAAAUUGUGAAGGACAGCAUGUACAUUCAAAGAUCCAUGUCUCUUUCCCCCCAUCCUCCCUCAUUUUAAUCUACAAUGAACUGUACAAAAUAGUUUGUCACAGGGCAUAAAACAUUCAAUGCUGAAUCCUCAAUUAAGGGUACCUAUGACUCCACAGCACUGUAAUUAUUCGUAAUUAAGGAACUUAAAGUCAAAGGUUUUGUGUACGGACUCCAUAGCCCUGGUUUGACACUUUUUAACAGGUACUAACAAAUUAUGACCUUUUAGAAUGGGGAAAAAAAUAAUUGCAAAACAUCUAUUCAGCAGGAAUAUAUUUUUGCUUAUCCAUUUAUACCAUGUCAAAUCUUCUACUCUGUGCUGUGUGUUUGGAGUGAAGGCCAUUAAUCUAAUAUUUGUCCCUCCCUAUGGGUAGGUGACUGGAAUGGUAAUCGUGAAAUCACUGUUUGGCGAUGAACUCAGAGGAUUUCCCCCAAGGACUAUAAAGUCAUUAACCCAGGAUAUGGGGAAAAACAGCAUAUGGUUGUUUUAGAGCACUCUUAUCUCUAAUCAAUAAUGUGUAUAAGGAGCUUUUAUCCCUAUGCUUGCUUCUUCAGAAAGUCCCAGAAGUAUAGAUGGGCUUACAAAGUGCGGCUUUGGAGUAAUGUGAAAAUACAUGCUGCUGGUAAAUAAUUAUUCGUAUUUCCACUGUAUAGAGAACAGAGUUAUUGUACAUCUAGUUUAUAAUGCUAAAUAUCCAAAAACCUCUGCACAUUAAUCCUUGCACGUCACUACAUACGAACACAAAUGUAUUUAGGAGCUCUAUUAAAGUGGCACUGUCAUGCCGAACUUACCUUUCCCUAAUCGCUUCCUCUUCUCUCCCUCUCUCAGGAUCUGUUCUCCAUUUCUUCCUAUCAAAGUAGGGACUCACUACUUUAAUGAACUACUUUAGCCCCGACGGGUAUUAUGGAUUUUUAUUUGGUCUUUUUUUGGUGCUUUAAAAAAAAAAAAAAGUGGGGGGUGGGGGUUUAAUUUUGACAUUUUUAUUUAUUUUUUACAAACAAAAAAAUCAGAUAAGUAUAAUUUAUUUACAGAUAUAUAGUUUUAUUGUCUCCCCCUCACUAUUUUUAGGGUGAGGCUAAGUAGGGUUUUAUUUUAUUAUUUUGGGGUGGGGGGUUGACUAGGGGGCUUGGGGACCCCUAGUCACCUGGAGGGGGUAUUUUUACAUUAAGCCCCCAUAGUAUGUUGUCAGGGGGAGGUAGAUCUUGCCUCUACUUGCGGUAUAGUGAGUAGGGGCAUUCGGGAGAUUUCAAUCUCCUUUAUGCUAAUAUGACUGCCAUGGAGUGAGGGAGGACAUGGGGGGCUUAGAAGUGGCGGGGAGUGUGUAGGGGAUGUGUUGUGAUUGUAGAGCAAGCAUGUCAAACUCGCAGCCCGCAUGCAGCCCACAAUUAAUAUUUUUGCGGGCAGGUGAGCCGCGAGUUUGAAAUGCGUACUGCUGAGGCAGAAUAGGCACCUGCUCUCCCCACGUUGCAGGUGCCUACUCUGCUCAAAUUUACCCAGCUGGGGGAGAGGUCGCUCCCGCCUUGUAAUAAACUGAAGAAACGAACACCGAUAUUCGGUGUUUGCUCGUCUGAAAUUUCUAUUCAUUCCUUCAUCUUUCUGUCGACUAAAUGAAUAAACAAAAUUCCCAUCCGAAUUUUGGACAAUAGCGAAUGUCCAAGUGAUUUACUGGGCAUGAGUUUCACAACGCUAUCUAGUUUGGGCAGAUGAUGUGUUCCACAGGGACUUCAUCUGCCUACACAAAGAUGGCGGUGCCCAGGACCUAGGCCGGGGCAUUAAAUUAAGAUUUUUUUAAAAUAGGUAAUAUGGGGGGCUUAUGGACAUUUGGAGGUGACUAGAGGGACAACUAGAUGUAGUGGAGCCAUGACCAUGCCACUUUAAGUAUGUACUACACAUACAAGUAGAAGAUGGAAGGGGUUUUUAAUAAAUCGAUGUUCUUUUAGAAUGUAUAACUUUUUUUUUUUUAUCUUUUUUGUUGUUGUUGUUGUGCAUUAGAUUACAGCAGUUCUUGUAUAGCCACGAUAGCUCCCACAAGCGUGAAUGUCAUAGGUUGGUGAACAUAAACAUGGCAUAUAGAGAACUUGCAUAUUUUUUAACAGUUUGUAGAUCACGUUUAACUAGCUAAACUGUGAGAGGGAUAUAUAUACCUAGAGGUCCUAUAGUUUGACUGUAUUAGCACUUAUAUAUGCAAACCAAUAGUUUGAGUAGUGCAUGCUACAGGUCUAUCGCUGACUGUGUAAACAAGAAAUAAAAUUGAAUGUAGGUACAAUCCAAGUUAUAACAUUAGUAGCUUGCUUUAUGGCAUAUCCUCUUAACAAGCAGGGCAUACAGUGAGUUCAGUGAUAGGUGUAGGAGAGGAGUAAUAACUGGGUUAAAUGGCUCGUGCAUUCCAGGCACGAGACUUAGAUGGGGGCUAUGGGCAUGCUUAGUAAUCAGGAGUGACCCUUAAACUAGGUCUAGUCGAGUUAUUAAGAUAUCUUAGUUAAGCAUUAGCAGACAGUCCACAAUUGACCCAUCAUAAAAUUAUCUUUGACUAAUUUGUAGCGUUUUCUGUCUUGGUACCGGUGUGCUGGGUUGCAGCAGCAAGUCCUUAGGGGGACAUGGGUACCUUACUCGAGGGCAUGUGGCACUGUCAGCCAAUACCUCGCCUUGGCAGAGCCAUACCGUCCCUGGAAGUUCUUGGGUUCGCCCGGAUGCGCCUCUGUGGUUGGUCAAGGUGUGGAUUAUGUCCGGCUUCUCUCUCAUUUUGCUGGGUCUGUGAGUAUGCCGCUUGCUCUUCCGAGGUGGUCCAGCAGCGAGCCUCCCGUGGGGGGGCCGGGUCUUUCCCAUAGCGGGAGUAACUGGGGAUCUGGUGGUCCUCCUAACGUCCGUGUGGACAAAGUCUUCGGGUCAAGCCCGUGGUGGCCCUCGGCCCAGGUGGGCUAGCGUUAAGAAGUGCAAGCUUAUUCAAGUGCGUUAGGCCUGAGGGAGUCCUCUGCUCCCGCCGCCCCGUUCACAGACUCGGGGCUGGACUGGUUUAGAUACCAGGUGGUUCUCCAGAUUGGUCCAUAGCUUUUGGAAGUGCUUAUUCAGCCGCUGUAACAUGUGGUCUGGUGCUGGUGCACGCUACUUGUGUGCCGUCUCAGCAGACCAUGUGACAGUCGCCAUUUUGGUUUGUCUCUCCUUGCUUGGUAAUACCCUGUGCUGGGUCUAUAUGUCGGUGCUGUGCCGCUUGAUUUAUGCAGUCGAGUAGGGACCAGGAUAACCCCGUCCAGGAGUGUGGGGGGGAGGGUUAGGAGAUUGCUUGCUCUCGCUGGUUACCAGUAAGCAGGGAGGUCGGCCGCCUCUCCCCAGCUCCGGUGUAGUAGGCCACAGCGGUGUCUCUUCGGUCUCCUGUGCUUAGUUUGUUUGGUAGGGUCUUGGGGUUAGUCGCUUAGUCCCCUCUGGGCUCUUUGCUGCCCGUCGGUGGGGUGUAGUCACGGUUUAGCCAGGGUUUUUUCCGCUUUUUUUAGCAGGAGCUCCAGCCACACACGUCUGCUCCUCUUGCCUGUCAGGCUCCACCCCGAAUGUAUCACUUUUAUAACAAACUUUCAUAUAAGAUGCUGCAUUACAGUGCUGCCUAAUCUCCUUCUCUUUUUAAUCGCCCAAUGGCACUGCAGCUCAGACAUUUUGUAUUCCCAUGAACAUUUUUAUUUUUAAAAUGUUGCUUCAAGCUUCAUGACCACUUCAGUGAUUUAAAUGGUAAUGAUGCCAGUAAUAUAUAUGGGCAGUGUUUCACUUUAACCCCUUUGAUGCUGGAGAUGGUAGGAUAUCUGUGCAACAAGUGUUCUGGAUUGGCUGUCAGUUAUGUGCAUAUUCUACCAUCAUCAAAGGCACUACAGCUGAUGGAUUGAGUAGUGUGGAAUAGGAAGACUAUGGAAACUUGCGUACUGAGGUGACUGACUGUUUGAGAUUGGAGGACAACUAUGUCCCAUAAGGUUGAUGAGAGAGAGGUGUGUAUGUAUAUGUAUGUAUAUAUAUAUAUAUGUGUAUAUGUGUAUAUGUAUAUAUACACACACUUUGAGUAUUAUUCUGGUGAACAAACCUGAUUUUAAAGAUGGUAAAAAACUUUUUUAAACGAAUGUGAACAUUCUUACAUUAUUUCAAGUACCAUGACUAAUUCAUUGAUUUGAAGUGGUCAUGGUGCCUGGAGUCUGAAUGCUGCAUAUAUGGAGUUUAGUCACUUUGCUGUCUCGGAAGUUAUUUCAUGUCUAAUUACAAUAGGGAGGAUAAAAAUAUAAGGGAAGUCUGUAAAAGUGAGGCUUGGCAAUUUGACAUGUGAAGAUUAAAGUGACAAUGUAAUUUUUAUUUAUACACUUUUUUUUUUUUUUUUUCUUACUGAAGAGAGUAAUGGACCAGAGUCACACAGUGAAGAGCACAUAUCUUAGUCGGUUUUAUGUAGCUAUGGAGUUAUUUAAAAAAAAAAAAAAAAAACACUAAUUGAUCUGUAAUAUGUUGGCCAUAUGAGAUUAUCUGCAAAUUGGAGCCUUUUACCCACAUGACAAAUCAAAUCAUCCCUCUCCCCCACCCCAUAUAUAUAUAUCCUUUUUGUGUUAGUUAUGUGUGUGAGGAAAUAACUUCCUGUAUCCUCUAUAUAUAGAGAGCAGAGGAAAUUCAUAAGUGGGGGUCAGAUAUACAUGUGGAUCUGCCUUUGCUGCAAACCUCAGCAGUUUGGCUCAAGGCUUUUAGCGGAGCUGUCUUAGAGGACAAAUAGGUGAUUAAAAAAGACUUCCUUCUUUAUAGUAUCCAUGCUUUCUCUUACAGUAAGGCGUCUUGCCUGAGAUGCGUGUCUUAUUCACUUCUUUUUCUUAAACAUGUAUACUCAUACUGGCUUUGGAAGCAAUUAACAAUAUAAAAUUGAAGGAACAAAAUAAGUGCAAUUUAGAUUCUACUUACAUUUGCUUCUGAUCAUUUAAAUAAAACCACACAUGAUGGAUUCUAUUUUAAAAUCUUAUCUAUGUUAGUGGAGAGAAGAAUGUCAUUUGGGGAAAAAAAAGAGGCGGUGUAUACAUUGCACUUUUCUGGUCAGCUGUUUCUGAAGCAGUUGUCAGUUAUAUAUUAAUGACAAGUUGUACAUACAUAAGUUUUCAUGAUUGUAAAUGUCUGCCAAUUCUAAAUGAACAAUAUUUUUGGUUUUGUAAUAUUUUUACUUUUCAAUUGAGUGGUGGUGGUCGUCUUCUCUCUCUCUUUUCUUUUUUUUUUCCUUUAAUGUUUAGUGUAGCCAUACUUCCUUACAAAAAUCAUUCAUAAGGUUUUAAGACCCUGGCCCCAAAUGAUUUUUAACAUGCACACUGGGCUUUAAUAUUGGAUUAGGUUGAUCCAGCUGGUAUUAUUUUAUCUUUGCUACCUAUAUAACACGAGGGUGGUUGUUGGUGGGGGUGUUUUUUUUUAAAUUUUAUUUAAUUCUUAUUCUCUGUAUACAAUGCUUCAGAGAAGACCGCUGGGGGGGAGGGGAGGAGGGAGGGGGUUGUUGUAUUCCACAUCAAUAACAUGAUUUCAUGUUUUAAGACAAUCAUUUCAAAACCAGACACAUUGAGGUUUUAAAUUGCAAAACAUGUCUAGGAGUGCCAAUCCUGGAAGGGUUAAGUUGCAUGAAGUGUUGGAUUUUGCAAGUGCUUGCAGAACAAAUGUUUCCCCUAAUCUUCAUUUCCUCUCUGUUUUACUGCAAUGUUGGUGGAAUUACUGACAUUCUUGAAGUAUCAGGCGCUAGCUCCAGUAUUGUCAGUCUUAUUGUGAAAGUAGAGUUUCUGUUAUGGAUUUUCACAAAUUUGUGUAAGAUCACCGAAGUCUGUGGCUUUAUCUCCUAAAAGGUGGUUUCUAACCGUUCAAUAUAUACUCUAAUUCAUAAUGUGGAAUGUUUGUAUAAUGAAUGAUUGCCUAGUUUUAGCUGCUGAGAUUGGGCUAUGGAAACAAAUGAGCUGUUCGGUAUUGGCCUUACAUGGUUUCCAUCCAUAUUCUUGCUAUAUGUGGCUGACUGUAGAACGUCUGGAAGCCUCUUUCUUGGGAGUUGUUGGGUUAAAAUGAUUAAGCCGCUGUGUCUGUGCCUGCACAGCACACACCCUAUUGUCAUUACAGCAUGGAGACAAUGCAGCCAAUGAGAAAGCAGAGCAGGGAACAGGAAUUGUGUGCCUGUCAGGGCUCAAAUCAUCCAUGUCCUUAUAUGGUAAAAUUUACUGUCUAAUCUCAGGGAAAGCUCACUUGCCGACAGGCGGGGCGGGGGAAGCUAUAUGCAUAUUGUGCUUUAGGCUCCUUCUCUAUGUGCCUAUGAAGACAGAAUAUAUAGCAAUAAUAUAUACACACAGAGCCGGAAUAAAAUGAAAAUAACAAACUCUGUGGACGUAGAAUCCUUGCUCUAAGAAAACUGAUUUAGCAUUACACGUAUUUGGCAAAGCGUCCUCUCCUAAUAGUUUUCCAUGAUGUAAAUGAGAAUAUGGGGUUCUCAUAAAGAUAUGUCAAUUUGAUGAAAAAUAAAUUGAUUGCAGUAUGUUGCCAGAAUUUGAAAAGGAUCUUUAUCCAACAAUAUAUGCAGGUGCAUUUUACAGCCAUUUCUGAUUUAGACCAGGAUAACCUUAAACAAUAUUGCAGGCGUAGCACAAUGUGAUUUUUUUUAAAUAUCCUACGUUACCAGAGAGAUCUGCAGCUGUGUCUAAGGCUAAUUCAUGAAUUCCAUUUGAGGUGACAAUGAAGGCUCCUGAACUGAAUGUCUCCUGUAUAUAGAUUUCAUUGUGUAUGUGUUUUCUAGGAAUCCUGUGCUAAUCCACAUGGAGAAGACAUGGAAUACCAAUUAGUGGCUGUUCCUCUGUGGUGCAUGUACAAAUUAAGGGUUAAUUUUAGUAAAAUGGCUGCAGACAUCUGUGCAGACUUCGCUGCAAUGUCAGUACCUUUUAUUUCACAUUUGUGUCAAGUGUUUAAGCAAAUAAGAUUUUUUUUUUUUUUUUUCUCCUUUACCUGCUGAAAAACCUCAAACGUGACUGGAUUCUAAAUAAAAGAUCACUGCCAAGGAUCAGAGUGUAAGGCUUUUACAGCAUGUAGUGCAAACAAGGUGUGGUUAAGAUGUUAUCUGCAUUCAAACUAUUUCACAUCCAGGCUAAAUUACCUCUUAAGAUAUGGGAACCUUCCAAGGAAUGUAGACUAUUUCACAGUUCACUUUGUAACAGCCACAAAAUGGCACAUAUAUACAAGCAAAGUCCCUCAUGGAAGAAAUGUCAAGACAGAAUGGUGCACAAGCAGCCAUUAUGUGGCAAAGGAUUUGUAUUUAUUCUAUUUUUGAUGAUCUGUGUUAAAAUUACUGAAGCUUUUGCCACUUCUCAUCUUCUAUGUUUUUACUGUAGUGAAUUCAGUUGGGGUCUUUCUAAAUCAAAAGGAUAAUCCAGAGGAGGACCUCAUGCUCACCAUGCUUUGUGGGGUUUCAGCUAUGCCUCACUGACAAGGCCUAAUGAAGGCUUUAACAAUAAUUUUAGUUUUGCUAUAUCUUUUGUGCAGUGAGAACCUCCUGGCAGUUCAGAUGAUCUCCACGGAGUGUGGGUAUAUGCUUUGUUUUAUAGCAUACGCAUCUUUUUUUUUAUUAUAACUUGUGAUUUGGCCCAAGAUUGACUUAAUAAUAAACUUAAUCAUCAUUAUAAUAGUGCUCUUUUACCUUUCUAAAUAACUGUUUGCCUUAUCUUGAUGGAAAAGCUCUCCGGAAGAGAAUCCAUUUUCUUACUGUCCUUGCAUUACAAGAAACACAUAGGGUGUGAGGUUUUAUAUGAGCACUAAAAUCUGGGCUGGCAGGAGAUUUUACAGUCUAGGGAGCACAUUGCCCUAGACUAAUGGCAAUUGCAUUGGACUGUACCCAGAGCCACAUUGACUUAAGUGCUUAAAGUGGCUCUGUCAGUUAAAAAAAAUAAUAAUAAUAAUAAUAAUAAUAAUAAUAAUAAUAUAUAUAUAUAUAUAUAUAUAUAUAUAUAUAUAUAUAUAUAUAUAUAUAUAUAUAUAUAUUUUUUUUUUAUAAAAAAAUUUUUAGGCCCUUAAUCUUAAUGGUAAUAUUUCAUCUCUUGCCACUUUCCUUUAAUUUAUAUUUUUAUUUUUUUUCUAUCUUGUGAUGACUGGGUGCAGGUCUGCUCAUGAUAUCUGCUGUUGGGAUUAGUUUUACUGAUUGGUUGUGGAUAAAUUUGAUUAUCAACUUAAAAAGGACCUUGUGUUAAGCUUCACCCAUUGUCAAGUUUAACAAUGAGGAAAGGCAGACUAAAUUUUUCAUUAUUGUGUAAAAACUUGAGCGCUCAAAAUGGGGGGGGCGGAUGGAGGUAGGGGCUGGCUAAGUGUGCAUAGGAACUAAACUUUGGCUGCCUAAGUAAUAAGCCAGCCUUGCCGGGUCAUAGGUAUGAGCACUUGUGAAAUAGUGUGCCAGUAUAUGGACAGGAUGAGCUGCGGUGACCAGAUCUCGAUCCGCCAACCCUGAGCUCAAGGUCUCAUCACUGGGUUUAAUGGAUAUUCUCAGAGGAGUAAGUAAAUACAUAAUCUAGGAACGUAAUGUUGUCCUGUUCAGGCUUCUGCAUACUUUGGGUCUGAUCUCCGAUGUUUUUUGUGACCCAUACUGGUUUCAUCGAAUUGGUGAGGAUUUAUAAGGUAUCGCCAAAUUCCACCUGAAAACAGCCUUUUUAUGCAACAUUUACUCUGCACUCAAGAUCGCUCUGGUUCACUGCUAAGCUCUGUGCGCCCCCCCCCCCGAUAAUGACAUUUUUGUCAGAAUUGUACUAAAAUAUAUUGAUGUUUUUCUGCAGUGGGCCACUUCUUCAAAAAUAUGUGUGGGUCGCACUUCUUUUUCAUUAAGCGAAAAUAUGGUCUUUUAGCUGUGUAAUGCAUGUUAACACUGGAUUAACAAUUUGACAAGAACGCAAAAGCAGUUGACCGUUUUUCAGUAUAGCAACAUUUCAGACACUUCCUGAGGUUUGCAUUCCGAAGGGAGGUAAAGAAAGUGAAAGCAUGAGUUAAACUGGAGCACAUGGAGAUUGAGUGGGCUGUAAACGUGCCCAACCACCCUGGUUUAUUAUUUUUUUUAAAACUGGGCUAUGGGCUCCUCAUAGGACUGCUCCUCCACAUAGCUUUCUUCAGCGUGAUGGUCCUGAUGCAUGUCUGUCUUCCUUCCCUCUGACCCUUGCGUAUGACCUCAUCCGCAGGGUAGAGGAGGGAAUAUGUGCACUACACUAUUUGCGGUACUCCUUGCCGAAACUUAGUUCCCCAAUGCUGCUUCAAGAUCACGUUUGGUCAGCAGUAGGAGGUGCGGUUACUGCUACAGAUAUCACGCGUGCCACAUGUUGGACCCCCCUGUUCUAGUAAAUGUUACUCAACCACUGCAUUCCCUAUCUGCACCUCAGAACCUACUAAGUGAACAUGAAAAAAUGAUCCUAGUACAAACAUAGCAUCAACAACAUUACAGUUGUUAUGCAUGGGGUAAACCAAGAGACUUAUCUAGGCUUAAAUUUAAAGAAUGAAAUAUCCAAAGAUUUGUUUUCCCAACAUAGUUCCAGAGCAACAUGCAACCUCAUUUAAAGUGAAUUUGCUGGAUCAACAAAGUUUAAACUAUCCUGGCGUGGAUGUAUGAAAAUAUAUAUAUUUCAAACAAAUCACAGGUAGAAAACUCAUGAAGGCUGUGAGGCACCUUUCUACUCAAACUAUAUCCAUGGGGAGAAGAUUAGUCCGUUUAUUCCAUUUUUCCAACUUGAGAUUCUUAUUGGUCGUAAGCACCCUUUUAAUUAAGUUUACGUGGGUGCUGGUUUUUUUUAAUAUACUUGGCAUACAUGUGCUGUGCAGUCUUGCUUUAAGCAAAGUCAGCUUCCAGAAUGAGAAACAGACACUGAUGUUGGAAUAAACUGCAUCGCUGCCAAGAAAGUGCUGUAUGGGCCUAUCACAUCAACAAGCAGAAAAUCAUUUUCUUUGUUUUAAACAUUGCAUCUAUAAUUCAUGAUGAAUAGUACAGUAACAGCUGACCUAUUUGUUCCCUGCAAAAAUAACUUCAAUUUGGUUUUAUAGUUUAUCUAGUUCUUUUUUUCUUUUUUUUUUUCUCCCUUCUUUAGUUGUCACAUAGUAACAGUGUUUGUUUGUUUGGAGUACAAAAUGGAAUUCAAAAAAACAAAAACUGGAUUGAACAUUGUAAGAAUUGCAUCAAAAUACUUCUGACUCUUACCUAAAAAAUAAGAUUUCCCUGUGCUGUGAAUCCGUUAUAAAUGACUUUUAAUCUUGGCUUAAGUGAACUGGUCAGAUUUGCUCUGGAAAAUGUUUUGACAACAAUGGGGUGAUGUGAUUUUACUGUCACUAUAGUCAACAUGGGCCUUUAGGCUUUUUCAUGGCAGUUGCUUCCCGACAGUAGCCACAAAUCUCAGAUGACUUACGAUGGCUUUGUCGUGGCUAGGGCUAUUCAGUGCAUGCUCAUUAGUUCAUCAUUAUUUGGUGGGCAAUGAGCAUGACUUGUGUCAGUGGUGAUUGAGGGAGAUGACCUUCCAACUUGAUCUCUCCCUCCCCCUCCCCCACCAGCAGAUCAUGGCUAAUUUGUCACUAGAUUGACUCUUCUGUCUCAAUUUAUUUAUUUCUCUAUUGUAAAAAGAAAUGUGAUACUGUUUCCUGUGGGCACUAUUGCUAUGCCGAGAGAGCCUGCGUGUCUCAUUGCUUUGCAAUGUAGUCCUGGGCCCACCUAUGUCGAAAUCUUUAGACAGAAGGAUUUGGGUGCGUGCGAGAGUGUAGUUCUGCUUACUGGUUUGUUUCUUAUUCUGCAGUACAUAUUUAGUUGGCAAUAUUCUGGAAGCUUGCAAAACCGAUAGCGAUUAGGUGCCAGCUGAGAUACCUUCCAAUAUCUGAUUUUUACUUUGUUGUGAUGUUUGCUAAAUUAUCUCCUUGCAAAUGAAUAGAAUAGCCUUGGGACAGCCCUUGCUCGAUUUCUUAGGGCAUUGCUGUGACCAUUGGAUCUGUGGCAGCAGCUAAUAUGCUAUGAUCUACACAGACUGCUCUGCUAUGUGAACCUUUCUCUUGCUUCUGGAAUGUUGUCUCUGUUCACAAGCCAAGGACACCCUGCAUCUUCCAGGAAGCUCAAGCCUAAUAAUCCUGUAUGGCGUCUCUCAUAAUGCAUGCUCACAUUAUGAAUCAACCCUUCAAGUAAUGCUGUCCAGUAAUCUAGAACCUGUGGUUUGUCUGUAUUUGUUGGACUCGAGCUGUAGUCAAUGGGCGGAUGUGUUUGCAGUCCAAUAUCCACUGAUUGCCCAGGUUAUAGGCAAUUGGCAUUCAUUCAUUUUCUGUCUUAUCUGGACACAAGUAAUCUAUGCAUUUAUUUUCUGUCUGUAUUUGUAAAGUGACAAUUAAAAAGGGAUUUUUGAACAAAGCAUGUUUCUGAUUUGCAGUGUACAGACAUGUUAAAACUGAUAAACUUGUCUGUUGUAAUUGUCUCUUAGCUCUUCCAUAUGUAUUUGUUCCCUCAAAGGGACACUAUGGUCACCAAAAUAACUUCAUCUUAAUGAAGCAGUUUUGGUGUAUAGAACAUGCCCCUGCAGCCUCACUGCUCAAUUAAAUAAUCACUUUGUUUAUGAACCCUAGUCACACCUCCCUGCAUGUGACUGACGCUUCCUGUAAAGAGUCAUCCAAAGUCUAUCCUUUCUUUAUUGCAUGUUCUGUUUAAUUUAGAUUUUCUUAUCCCCUGCUAUGUUAAUAGCUUCCUACAAGAGCCUCCUGUAUGUGACUUAAAGUUCAAUUUACAUAGCAAGAGAUAAAAUUGUUUAAGGUAAAUUACAUCUGAUUGAAAGUGAAAUUGAGCAGUAAAACCUGAGAGGCAUGAUCUAUACACUAAAACUGCUUCAUUAAGCUAAAGUUGUUUAGGUGACUAUAGUGUUCAUUUAACAUAAAAGCAGUCUAUGCAUUACAAAAGAUCACCUCUCCAAAGCCCUUUCCUCCUCAUCCUUCAAUACACAGCCACCCCCUCUUUUUAUCUUUUCUUUCCAUCAUUAAGAAACCGUUUUACAUUGAGCAUCUGGGGUGGUCACAGCCUUUGCCCAUAAAUAUGGGAGCAGAACUUAUAGCAUUACCAUGCCCUCCUCUUAGUGGAAAAAAAAAAACAUGUGGAAGAGACAUCUGUUUUUAUUACAUACAUGCUUUAGCCUUUCAAGCAUAUGUGGCAGUAAAAUCGCCUCUACAUUACACUGAAUCUAAAAUUGUGUGAAUGUUAAUUUCUUAAUUUCCGGCAGUUUUAUAUACCGAAGAUAAUAACCAGCCGAUCAUUAUUUUACCAAGCCUAAUAUAUUUAUCUGAAAACCACAUAAUAUACAAGGUGUAAGGGAUACUCUGAGCACCAUAACAACCCGUUCAUUGCAUUUGUCACAGUGCUGGAAUGUCUAUAUCCAUGUCUCAGCACACAGUUUGUUAUAAUUGCAGCAAAUGCCCUAUAUUUUUGCCUUUACCUAUAUGAAAUUUUGCACACCGCAUGUACCAUCUGUAUAAAUCUCCAUUCUUGCUGCUGACCACGCUUACACACAGCCCACGACUUUGGUGUUAACAGUCAGUGAGGGGAGGUGAACACUUCUCGCAAGACGGUGAACAGUUUACUCGAUAAACUGAUAGCACUCACUGUAUGGCUUUUGGCUUUUCCAGCAGCUCCACUUAUCUUGUGACAAAUGGAAAGUACAGCUCAGGACAACGGUUUAACUGGGUAUGAUUCAGGCUCUAGAGUCAAAAUAAGCUUGAUUGGUAGAUCCCAUUUGUGGCAGAGCUUGCCGCUGUAUUCUCUACAGAUACAUUUCCAUCCUGGAGUGUCCAAUUUUACUACCAUUCUGUUUCCCUCUCAGGUCUCAUACCUUUAACUCACUUGUGGACAGAGGGGACUUAUGCAUUUUGCAAAUCACACUGGUGUCAUCCAUAAGGGAAAAACAUUGACAAAAUGGCAUUCUGGUCUCAUCUGCACAGUAACCCUUGACAAUUGUUUUGGCCUUCUUGCAAGCAAAAUGUUUGUUUUUGCUUUUACUAGAUCAUGCUUAGAGGGGCUUUGUAAGUAUUACACAUGCAGCCACUUAUAAUGGGUUGUUAAGUUCAAGGAGACAGCUGUCCAACCUUGUAAGACAAUGAAUGCAAGAACUGGACUAAACCACUCUGCACACAUUCCCUGUAUUCACCUUCCAAGAUUGACUUAUGUGUCAUUAAAUUGGCAUCUGAGGGACUGAGCAGGUCCUGAUUUUUAUUAGAGGGUUUGACAAAAAGAUGAAGUGUUACACACAUUUCCAGAGUCUUAAUCUGUAGUGGUUAUAGUUCAUAGUGACCUUUUACUCAAAGGGUAAGAGAAGCCUAUUUUACUUGGAAUCUGUAGGAAAUUAUUUAAACCUGAUUUUCAAGAAGGCCUGUUUUCGAUACAGUCAGACAAAACUACCUACCUUCUGUAAUGUAACAGUUUUGCCCAGGUUUACAAUGAUGCCUGAACUUCCGGUAUCGGUAAGGAAAACUGCCUCUGGUGAUGAAAAUCUGCAUCACAGAAUUAUGCCAUCAUGGGAUGUUGAUUCCCGAGAAAGUUCAAUAGGCAGGUUUAGAAUGGUUAAGCACUACAUGUGUAAGUGGAACAGAUUCACAUCUAAAAACUGGGAACAUCUGCGCUGUGUUUGUUUUAUGUAGUGGACAACGUUUGAGCAAGAUGCUAUCUAGAAACAAAAGUCGUUCCAUAGUAGUAAUGCUAAUGUAGGCCUAAUUUAACAUUGUUUAGUCUAGGUAAAAUCUUAUUUUAGAGGCUAUUGGUGAAGUUCUUGUUCAUAGCAAGAAAAGAAUGAACAAACAAAGGCUUGCUGUGAAUAUCAGCAAAACUUUUUCCUAUUUUUGGAAUGACUUUGGGUUUCUUGUCACAUUGUAUUUACAUGUGAACGAUUUAUGCUCAAGAUGCUGCUAUAAUUGAGAGAUUCUGUACAACCAUGUUUAGUAUUAACCCUUUCACGCAGGUGCAAACACACAAAUCUGUCCCUAAAUGUUGAGUGAUUGCCGGGAGUUUCAUGCCUAAUGAUCGCAGCCAGUUUAUAUUGUGCAAAUUACUAGUUGAUGGCCAAUACUGACUGCUGUAAGACAGGAGCUUUACUUAUCGACUAUUUACCUGAAGUUUCAACCAUCUUGAGUGCUUCACAUGUCUGGAACUUACCAAUGUGUUCUUGCACAGGUUUGCAUUGCACCACCAAUACCCAUUGUUACAUUUCUCUAUCAAUAUGGAAAAAAAAUAUCUCUUGGUUACUACCAUGUUACACAGUAUCGAACAGGCAAGUCUCCCUCGUAUUCAUCAAAAUGUUAUGAAGACUUGUAGUUAAAGGAACACUACACUGAAUGUUUUUCUUGUCACUGUGCACCCAAAGUAAACCGGCAGGUCUCUCUUUUUUUCUUUUUCUUAAUUUUUUUUCGCAUGUGUUCGUCAGGGGCUUAUGGGGGGAAAAAAGUAUUUUACAAAAAGCUGUCUACUGUAUGUGCUGUCUGGAGUCUGCAAGCUCUCCCUUAUUUCACAGACAUCAUUCCAAUCAUGGGCUUCUAAUUAAGAAUGCUCUGUGCUGGAGCUGCACACACGUAGAACAACCAGCGCACCUGCCACUUCCAUUAACUCCAUAGAGCUAACAAAAGCAGAAACUGACGGCCACAUAGGUAUGUCACGCUAGACACCACAACAAAAAGUAUUCCCAUCAACCUGAAGUUCUUUCUUUUUGGAGUGUUCCUUUAACUGUAGACCCACUUCUUAACCUUAAUAAUUGGUAUGGGGAACUCAAUAGACCUUCCCUGACUGGAACCCCUGGUUUGCAAAGUAGCAGGUUGCCUUGGCAUGCUGCAUUGGCAGACACAGCUGUUCCAGUUUCACUAGAACAUGUGUGGCAUCCUUACUCACAGGAAGUGGUCACUUUGUCUUGAUUUUCGGGCCGAAUGCUGGGUGGGAGGAAGUUGUGAGAUAUGUUGUCUGCUAGUAGAGCUUGCUGAGGUAGCAUUGUCUGUGAGAAUACCAGGAAUACUGCGAAAGACAAACGGGUUUCAUAUAUCCAACUUACUACUGAUGGAUGAGGAACAGAGAAAAAUUGAUCUCCACGUAUGCAUUUGUAUGAAUGUAGUGCUGCUGUGCCUGAAUGGGUGAGUGUACUGAUGUGUACAAAUGAGAGAGAAUAGGGCUGUCCGGGUGUGACCCUGGUUCAUAAAUCCUAGGGCAUUUGCCAAACCAUGAUCUACUUAUGUUAUUUGUCGUUCAGUUGGUCCAUUUUUUUUAUUUUGAGAUCUUUAUCAGAAUUCCUGUAUGGACUUUCUUCCUUGAUUCCUUAAAAAAAAAAAAUGCAUGCCUGUAUAUUUUCUUGUGUUUCUAAAUGUAUCUAAUAUAUCUUGGACACUCGUGUGCAUUGUUGAUAUAGAUUGCCAUCUAGUGGAUGAAAUUGUUUUUAUUUCUAAUAAAAUGACAGGUUAACCUUUCCUUCAAAUUACCAAGGCUGAUUUUAACCUAUUCCAGGGGUGUGGAUUUUUAUUUAUUUUUUUAUUUAUUUAUUUUUUAGUCCCUUGGACAAGAUUUAACAUAAAGUGCUUCUCCUAAUUCAAAAUAAUAUCAAAGAUUGUGGUCCCUUGCUUGGAGACAGGGAUAUUUGCUAAACCCAUUAUCACAAAUGAAAUCGGAAUUAAAAUAUUGAGGCAAAAAUAGCUGAUCUCAAAAUAUUCUCUAACUUUGCUAUACUGUAGUUAGAAUAUUAGUAUUUUUGAUUCAAUUUUGCCAUUUGGAUUUAUUUUGCAAAAAUUAAGUUUUGUGAAUUACUGUGUGUGCUGGCUGACUGUAAUCUGUGUUUGCAUAUGUGAUCCAGAUUUUUUCUGUACAACUUUUAUGCAUAUAUACACAAUGAUGAUAAUGUAUACAAAUGUAAAUAUGAAUAGAAUACACAUUAUACAUGUGUAUAUGCAGAAUACUAAAAUUGUUGAAUUUGUUUAAUCAUACUUUUUUGACACCUAACACACAUCAGACUCCUACGCUGUCAUUCUGACACACACACUGACCGGUGCACACACUCAGUACUCAAACACAGACCCCUUUACACACAAAGUACGUUUGGCCAAAACAGAUAUACACAUACACACACUGACCAAUAUACACACAAACUACAUCAGACUUACAUACAGUACAAUUCAUAUACAUAUUACACAAGACCAGCAGGUUUAAUAUUUGUCUGUCUACUGCUUGUCCCCUUCACUUUUCUUUCCCCCCAGGAUAUGACUUCAAGAUGUAGAAUUGGCUGCUUCUCCUUGCACCUCCCCAUGCCUGGCAGUCCACUGUGGCCCCUGGUUGCCUCUUCCAGCAAAGAGGACAGUCUGUCCACCACACCAAUACUCAAACUUAGCUUGUCAUCUAGCCCACUGUUCCCCAAACCAAUCCUAAUGGCCCACCAACAAUCCAGUAUUUAUGUAUUUCCCUGUUUUAUUCCAAUAGAGAGACUGACAAAACCUGGACUGUUGGCUAGACCAGUGUUCCCCAACCCAGUCCUCAUGGCCCACCAACAUAUUAACUUGUUUUGUGUUGUUGGAAUAUUACCAGUAAUCUCUAUGUGGAAAAUAAUUGAGGUUGAUCAGUCCGAUGUCAUACUGAAACAGCCCUGACAUGCAGAUACAGAACAUUCUAUAUUGCUUAGUCUGUGUUAAUGCUCUUGGAUUUUUUAAUAACUAUUAUUACUUUAUUUUUUUAAGCUUGUAUUGACUUUUCUAAUGGCCACUUUCCUCCUCUUCUCUGUAGACUGGAAGAAUUGACAAGUCUUAUCCAACAGUGUGUGGCCAUACAGGACCAGUGCUGGACAUUGACUGGUGUCCACAUAAUGACAAUGUUAUAGCCAGCGGCUCUGAAGACUGCACUGUCAUGGUAAUCCUCUCCUUUUAUUUUUUUUUCUUUGUGCUUUCAGAGUAUUUGGUUUUGUGACUUUCUGCAACGUAUUCUGUUUCAUGAAUACAGAACAAUGUACAGGUAUCUUCUGUUCUGCACUAUCGUGCCUUUAUGGUCCAGGAUCCUUUUUGUAUGACGAUAGAUUCUGUAGCAAAUAUAAAUGUCUAAACAAACAAACCAGGCACUUGCAAUAGAAUAAACAAAAUGUGAUGUGUAAAUUCAACUAUUCUAUCUCUAGUGGAAGGGAAACAAAGUUGUAGCUCCUGAACUGUUGCACUUAGUAACCAGGCUCUCCUGACGUGUUUUUGUGUUCACACAGUUCCUCUAGGGCAUGUCUGAUCAGAUUUAAAGGGACACUAUAGGCACCCAGACCACUUCAGGUUUCUAAACCCUGCAAAGAGAACUAUUGCCGUUUUUCAUAAACUGCAGUGAUUACCUUUUUGAGGGUUAACUCCACCUCUAGUGGCUGUCUAGGCACUGAGCUUCCUCAAACUAUGCAUGAGGACAUCCUGUGUCACCCUUAUGUGAGCGUGACCAAGCAUGAGGCAGAGCCCGAACCACCACCAUGGACAUUGGCCCUGGUAUCAGGUAGGUGGGGGGUGGGAGUUACUAUAGGGUGCUAUAAGGCUAGGAACUUUGUUUUCCUGGCACUAAAGUUUCCUUUUAAGCAACCUCGUAUUUACUUUUAUAGUAGUUGCAUUAACAUGAGCAUUGCAUUGCAUAUCAGCAUUGCAUUAAACACCCCAUACCUGAGCAUUCUUCUAGAAAUGAUCACCUUAUUUAUGGUGGGAUAGGAGCGGUUUAUAUUAUCUGUAGCAGUCUCUUGGUAUAAAUGACACUCCUACCAUAGAGUACAUGUCUACAUGGGUCCCUUAAUAUAAACUGCACAAGUCCCAUUCAGGUUAAACAUAUUAUUCCAUGCAUAUAGUAGAGCACUGUUAAAGGCACACUAUAGUGUCUGGAAUAAAAAACCAAACCCAUAUUCCUGACACUAUUGUCCUUGUAUGCCUGUUAAGGUCCUCUGCCCAGUGUCGAUUGCGCUGAAAAGGUGUUUUUGUCCCACACAGUGCUGCGAGGCUGGCUCCACUUCCAUGGCUCAGAUCAUUAAACUUUAUGGUCUCAUGCAAUCUAAUGCUUUCUCAUAAGAAAGCAUUGGGAGGCUAUAGCGCAUGCAGGGCAAAACGCUGCGCCAAUCAGCAUCUCCUAAUAAAGAUGCAUUAAAUCCAUGCAUCUCUAUGGAGAACAUUCAGUGCCUUCAUGCAGAGCGUGGUGAUGCUCCACACCAGUCCUGUACACGGCAACACUUGACUAGGAAGUACCUCCAGUGGCCACUUGAGUGAAUGCCAUGUAAACACUGCCUUUUCUCUGAUAGACUCCAGAAGAACUACAUUAGGUUGUGGUUUUUCUGGUGUAGUUGUUCUAUAGUCUCCCCUUAAGGAACUGCACUCACUCAAAAAUCCUUCUAUGGUGCCUUGCAGACUAGAGUGGCAUAAAUUCCAUUAGAAGUACGUAACCAGAAGAAGAAAAAGAUCCAGAUGCUCAAGGAUAAUGUAAAGCAGACUUUAUUUGAAACAUAGAGUUGGCAGUGUUUUGGUUCUGUUAUAGAGCAUUUAUCAAGCCAGCCUUUUGCUUCUGUUCUCCUAUAUAUGCAGUCAUACCCACACUCCCAUUGCAUAGAUAGCCUGUCAUUUGUGCAUGAUUUCUUUAAGAGCAUAUGUUUCUAUGUUGGUAAUGUCAUUGUGAUUGGAUGUGUUCCUUUUGUGCAAGUUCUCACGUUUGAUGCUGUGUGAACCAUAAAUAAGUGGGGCAUGAUAUAUUACACAAUACUGCAGCUUCAGACUGGAACUUUUAUAUAACAAACUGGUCAGAGAGAAUUGCUCUCUGAAGCAAUCUCCCAUCUAGUUUGCAGCCAGGGGUGUUGUCCUCUCUCAAAUCGCAAAGGCGACUUCACCAUUCUGUAUGCAGGUACCAGAGAUUCCCAAAGUCUCAGGAAAGCCCCAGGACAUUCUGUUUACAUAGCGGCCGCAAAUCAUUUCUGACAGAUACUGUCAGUAGGCUCGCCAAGCUACACUGAUGGAUCACAAUUGACUUUGUGGCCAACAGCAUCCUAAAGGUGCUAUACAUGCAGACUGAAUUUUGUGUUACAUUUGCUUAAGCACCACACAUUAAGUUCCCUGUGAUGCCAGAGAGCAUAAAUAACACUUAUUAUGUCUUAAUUUAGGUAUGGCAGAUUCCAGAUGGUGGGCUGACUCUUCCACUUACAGAGCCUGUGGUGGUGUUGGAAGGGCAUUCCAAGAGGGUUGGCAUAGUAACGUGGCAUCCCACUGCUCGUAAUGUUCUACUCAGUGCAGGUAUGACAUUUCCAAUGUUUGUUUCUGAAAUGUGGUUAGAUCCUUUAUAUACAUUGAAGGUUGAACAAUAUUUUGUGAGUGAGACCAAAUGUGCUUGAACACAACUUUUAUCUUGUAUAGAACGAAUAUUUAGUUUUCAGAUUAAAAAAUAAAUUAAAAAAUGUUCUCUUGUAUACAGGUUGUGAUAAUGUCGUCAUUAUUUGGAAUGUGGGCACCGGGGAGGCAUUGAUUACUCUGGACGAUAUGCAUUAUGACAUGAUCUUCAGUGUGUGCUGGAAUCGUAAUGGGAGCCUAAUCUGUACAGCCUCAAAAGACAAGAAGUUGCGUGUGAUCGACCCACGCAAGAUGGAAAUAGUAGCAGUAAGCACUAAAAAGGGAAUCUUGGGAAAAUCGUUAUACAACCUAAUUUAUUUUAGUGUACUCCGUUUAUAUUAAAAAGCAGCAUCUAAUAACAUGAAAAAAAAAUUGCUGUUAAAAGUAAAAUAUCACUCUCCCAACUAUACACUAUAAAUUGUUCUUUCUUUGUCAAGGAUAAAAAGGACUUGGAGGAAUAGAAUAAAUAUGAUUUGCAGCUUUGUACUGCUAGUAUUAAGAUGAGCUUUCUCCUCUGCUUCUUUUUUUUGUCUUAGAGCUUGCUAAUCCCAUUAAUAAGGGCCACUUUUAUUUCUUUACAAUUGAUACAUUUAUAUGGUGUACGUGAAAACCUACAGUUAAAUGUAACCACUUAUAUGUCCAGAAGAAACUGAGGGGUUUGGGUUUAGCUGAUUCUCUUUAUUGCUGCUAUCCAGCCCAGAUGGCAGAGGUGCACUGAUUGCAUGCAGACCCUGUGAAAAAUCUGUGGGUAGACUUAGAGCAUACACUGUUUGGGUGAGACUUUCUAUCAUUGCACAUUUGAGUAUACAAACACCAUUGUUACCUACCCAAGUUUGCCCUUCAUUUCACUGCAUUAUGGGAUGAAAUGACAUGUAACUUUAACUUUGUGCAUUACCCUGUACCUCUUAUCACUUUUCUUUCUGGCCCUUUUACAACCUUCAGUACAUCUAUCCACCUUCAAUGACUUCUGCUAUAUACAAACACACCAUUUGGUAUAAAAAAGUGGAAAUCAUGACAAUACUUCUCAAUUUGGAUGUCUUUUAUAGAUGCCAUUCUUUCCUAUUCUUUUCUUGCAAACAAACUGUCUUAAAUUGAUUUUUAAAUGCAUUUAUUUUUUGUUUCAGGAAAAGGAUAAAGCUCACGAAGGGGCCAGGCCUAUGAGAGCAAUCUUUUUAUCAGAUGGGAAUGUAUUUACUACAGGGUUCAGUCGUAUGAGUGAGCGUCAACUAGCGCUAUGGAAUCCGGUAUGUAGGGUGAUUUUUAAAAAAAAUGGGGCAUCUUCAAAUAAAGUGGAUAGAACUUCGCAAGAUUGUAAACGUGAAACAUAACACAUUGGAACACUUUGGUUAAUGACGCUUAUAUUAACCUUUCAAGCAAAUUGCUGACACUCUUAAGAGUCCAAAUCACCUUUUUUUCUCAGUGCUGUUUAUCUUAGUCCAAAUAUUUAUUUCAUUUUGAUAUUGCAGCAAGUACUUUUUUAAAUUGGCUUACUUUUUCUACUUCAAGUAUACCCAAAAUGGGGAACUGUCUGAUUUUUUUCAUCUCCAAAUUUUGAAUUUUAUCGUGCAGGCUCCAUGAAAAAAGUAAAUUUGAAUUGUAUGGUAACGUAGCAAGCACUGAUCUUUUGCAUAACUGUAGAAAUGUGCAAUGUAUCUAGACAAAAUUUAUAAUGUUAUCAGUUUUAAUUCUAUAAUUUGAUUUCUGUUAUAUUCUGCACUGGGCUGGCAUGCCCCACCGGGAUACCGGGAAGUUUCCCGGUGGGUCGCGGCACAUGGGGGUUGCACAGCUCUGAUUCUUCAGUAAUCGUUGCCGCAUGAAGGUGCUGGCGGGUGGCCGGUCCAGUAGCACACUGAGGGGGCCGGCUGCGUCCGAAAGUUACCUUGCGGCUGGUGGGCGCAACUCCUGUAAUGCAUGGUGGUGCCGCCGGGUCAGUUGGCCGCUUUGCCGGUCCGGUGGCACAUUCACCAAUACUGACAGCCGUGCAGUUGUCGGAUAGCACAGGAAGACUGAGGGAGGUGGCAGAGCUGACUAUCAUGCUCCCUCGUUGUUUCCUAGCACAGCCACAUCAUACAGUCGUAAUUACUCUAUAAUGUGUCCAUGCUGAGAAUGUAAUCCGCUCGCUAAACUGAUAAGUGAAUUUCUGUCCUGUGUAUAUUGCUGACACCUAACCACUUGAAAGCAAAAAGAGAAAAUACUAGGUCUGUGAAUAUUGAGGGAUAUAAAAUACAAAAACAGAGCUGGUUUUAGAAUGUAUAGAAUCUAUUUCUAAUACUCUAGUCUAUACUGGAUUUGCUCCUAAAGUUCUCCCCCUCUAAAUUGAUUUACUUCAGUGAGCAAGCCUGCUCGUUUGCAGGCCCAUUACUUCAGUGAGCAAGCCUAAUCGUCUGGAAAUGCCUGAUUGCCCAACUUUGCAAGCCCAUUACUUCAGUGAGCAAGCCUGAUCGUCUGCAAAGCCUGUUUCCCUGGCACUGACCAAAGUAUCCAAUGAUCUACUCGCUGCAAAAUCUCGUGGUCCCUACUCUAUCCUAAUUCUCCUUGACCUGUCUGCGGCUUUAGACACUGUUGAUCAUCAAAAGCUUCUUCUCAUCCUCCGCAAUAUCUCUCCUGGUGCUCCCCCUACCUCUCUCAGCGCUUUUUCAGUGUUUUUUUUUUUUCUUUGGCUCUGCUUCUUCUCCCCAACUCCUCUCUGUUGGUGUCCCCCAAGGUUCAGUCCUUGGUCCCCUACCGUUCUCCAUCUAUACUGCCUCCCUUGGUAAACUCAUUAGCUCCUUUGGCUUCCAAUAUAAUUUCUAUGCGGAUGUCACUGCCUCUCUGCUAUUUCUAACUGGAUGGCUGCCCACUUCCUUAAACUCAACUUGACCAAAACUGAAAUUCUGGUUCUUGCUUUCAAAUCGCUACAUAAUUCUGCUCCCACCUAUCUAUCCUCCCUUAUACACAAGUAUGUUCUGUCUAGGCCCUUACAAUCUGCUUUAGACUUACGUCUAUCUACUCCCACCUCUGAUGCUCGCCCUCAAGAUUUCUCGAGGGCUGCACCGUUCCUGUGGAAUUCACUUCCCUCCUCCGUUAGAUGCUCACCCAGUCUCCACUCCUUCAAAAAAUCGUUAAAAACCCACUUCUUCAUAAAAGCCUAUCAAUUAAACUGUUAAUAGCUCCUGAAUGAUUCCUCUUCUGCAACUGUCAUUAGUCUAAUACUAUCCUUACCUUUUUGUGUCAUUUUACCCCACUCCCUAUAGCAUGUAAGCUAAUUGAGGGGGGGCUUCAAUCCCUCUGUUCCUGUGUGUCCAACUAGUCUGGUUACAACUACAUGUCUGUUCGUCCACCCAUUGUACAGCGCUGUGGAAUUUGAUGGCGCUAUAUAAAAAUAAUUUUUUAUAAAUUCUGCCACUAGGUUUGGUACAUAUAUGAACUCUCUGCUUGCAACAAUAGACACACUAAGAAAACAAACUAAAAGUGAAUAAAGUGCUAACAUGCGAAUUGCUCCUGACGUGCGUUCCAGUGCUCUUAAUGGAGCCUUCGUCAGUCUCAUUUUUUUUGCCUCUUGACAGUUUAAAGAAAACCGCAUCCAACGAUGUGUAUUCCAAGAACGCUUGGCUAACAGUAAUUGGUGUGGAGAGUACUGGCUUUCUUUUUAAAAUACUUCCUCACAUCAUACAAUGAGGAAUCUAUUUGCUUAGUGUCUCUGCAACGUAAUAAACAUAUGCUAAAGCUUUAUUGUCAAAACUACCAUUACUUGUUAUGGAAAACAGAUUACAUGGUUAUACAGUUCUGUAAUAUUGCAAGGUGAUUCUGUUAUGAUCCAAAUUUAACCGGUGUAACAUUGAUUUAAAAUAUUUAGUUUUAUUAUCCCCUUUACUUGAAUACUAUUGGUCUGACCACUUGUAUGAUUGUUCCACUCCAUUGAUGGAAAGCAGAUGUAGAAUUGCUUUAACAGGUUGCCAGCAUCUUCCUGAUAAUACUCUGUGAAUGAACUUGUGAUUGGUAAAAUUAUUUGAAAUAGUACAGCAUGGUUUUCUUGAUCAUUUUGUUUUGUUUUUCAGAAAAAUAUGGAAGAGCCAAUUGCACUACAUGAAAUGGACACUAGCAAUGGAGUCUUGCUACCAUUCUAUGAUCCAGACACCAAUAUCAUUUACUUAUGUGGGAAGGUGAGCAACCAUUUGAAGAGAUGUUGGUUUGGUUAUUAAAUGGCACAUAUAGUACCAUAUAUGUGCUUUAUUGUACAGGUGAUGAUGCAUAGAGCAACCCUGCAAGCACCUUUGAGCCUAGUUAGCAGAGUUAGAAAUGCUGUGAUUUGUAAAAAUUGCUGCACUCUCAGACAACCCCUCAUAGCUUUCAGUUUUGCAGCCAGACCGCUUGUUUCGGCUACACAAUGUAAGACUUGUCCAACUUUUACAUACAGUAUCUGUAUGCCACAGGCUCAUUUGGUGUUGAGCCCUCUCUCCUGGAGAGAGAACAAGCAAUGGACCGUGCAUGCAGGUAGUCUCCACAUAGUUUGAGAAACGUACAGAUUUUUCUCAAGCUGUUUUUAUGAACAGGGAGCUACUGAUUGUCUUGGAGCAUCAGCCGAAGCUCAGCCAAUUAGUGGCACCCCUCUCCACAGCAGUUUUGGCUGAGCUGAAUUGUGCUAGAGAGAAGACUUUAGUGGAAACUGUUUAACCUUUAAAAGUAUGUCGCUGCCAGAUAUAACCCUUGCACCAUAACGGCUUAAUUCUGAUGAAGUAAUGCUGCCCAGAUGGUACAUUUGUGGAGAAUGUGCAACAUUCAAGUUUGCGAGAGAAGGGAAAGAAGUAUUUAUGAAUCAAAACUUUUAAUUAGGUUUCAGGUGCAGGGGUAACUUCGGUGUAUAGGUUAACAUGUUUCAGGUGCAGGUAUAACUUAACCUAUACAUGUUGUGUAUGUGUGGUUCAGUGAUGUGGGACGAUUCUCAAGACCGUAAGGGACAUUACCACCCCAUACUAUUGUUGUUAGUUGUUUAUUUUCCAGUCUUUUUUUUUUUUUUUUAAACUUGGCAUUCUUUUCAUUCUUAUUUUGUUUUAUUACCUUGGGGUCAAUUUUUUUCAUUUUACUCAUGGGGUGUUUAGAUUUUUCACCUUUUCCCUACUUCCUACUUUUGUUAGGAUUUUCAAUCUUGCAUUGAGAGGGGUGGGGUGGGGUGAUUAGCCUUUUUGUCCUCGAAGGCAUAGCAGUGUAGUGAAAGUUGGUAUUUACAUCUUAUACUCUGUAGUGCUUUACUCUGCUCUGUUAUCCCAUUGCAAAUUGUUACAUUUGUUUUCACCUCUCUGGUUAUUUCUUUUAAUUUAUUUUUUUAUUCAAGGUUUAUUUGCGUAGUUUAUACAUACAUCAGUAAAGGCAAAUACAGGGAGUGCAGAAUUAUUAGGCAAGUUGUAUUUUUGAGGAUUAAUUUUAUUAUUGAACAACAACCAUGUUCUCAAUGAACCCAAAAAACUCAUUAAUAUCAAAGCUGAAUAUUUUUGGAAGUAGUUUUUAGUUUGUUUUUAGUUAUAGCUAUGUUAGGGGGAUAUCUGUGUGUGCAGGUGACUAUUACUGUGCAUAAUUAUUAGGCAACUUAACAAAAAACAAAUAUAUACCCAUUUCAAUUAUUUAUUAUUACCAGUGAAACCAAUAUAACAUCUCAACAUUCACAAAUAUACAUUUCUGACAUUCAAAAACAAAACAAAAACAAAUCAGUGACCAAUAUAGCCACCUUUCUUUGCAAGGACACUCAAAAGCCUGCCAUCCAUGGAUUCUGUCAGUGUUUUGAUCUGUUCACCAUCAACAUUGCGUGCAGCAGCAACCACAGCCUCCCAGACACUGUUCAGAGAGGUGUACUGUUUUCCCUCCUUGUAAAUCUCACAUUUGAUGAUGGACCACAGGUUCUCAAUGGGUUUCAGAUCAGGUGAACAAGGAGGCCAUGUCAUUAGAUUUCCUUCUUUUAUACCCUUUCUUGCCAGCCACGCUGUGGAGUACUUGGACGCGUGUGAUGGAGCAUUGUCCUGCAUGAAAAUCAUGUUUUUCUUGAAGGAUGCAGACUUCUUCCUGUACCACUGCUUGAAGAAGGUGUCUUCCAGGAACUGGCAGUAGGACUGGGAGUUGAGCUUGACUCCAUCCUCAACCCGAAAAGGCCCCACAAGCUCAUCUUUGAUGAUACCAGCCCAAACCAGUACUCCACCUCCACCUUGCUGGCGUCUGAGUCGGACUGGAGCUCUCUGCCCUUUACCAAUCCAGCCACGGGCCCAUCCAUCUGGCCCAUCAAGACUCACUCUCAUUUCAUCAGUCCAUAAAACCUUAGAAAAAUCAGUCUUGAGAUAUUUCUUGGCCCAGUCUUGACGUUUCAGCUUGUGUGUCUUGUUCAGUGGUGGUCGUCUUUCAGCCUUUCUUACCUUGGCCAUGUCUCUGAGUAUUGCACACCUUGUGCUUUUGGGCACUCCAGUGAUGUUGCAGCUCUGAAAUAUGGCCAAACUGGUGGCAAGUGGCAUCGUGGCAGCUGCACGCUUGACUUUUCUCAGUUCAUGGGCAGUUAUUUUGCGCCUUGGUUUUUCCACACGCUUCUUGCGACCCUGUUGACUAUUUUGAAUGAAACGCUUGAUUGUUCGAUGAUCACGCUUCAGAAGCUUUGCAAUUUUAAGAGUGCUGCAUCCCUCUGCAAGAUAUCUCACUAUUUUUGACUUUUCUGAGCCUGUCAAGUCCUUCUUUUGACCCAUUUUGCCAAAGGAAAGGAAGUUGCCUAAUAAUUAUGCACACCUGAUAUAGGGUGUUGAUGUCAUUAGACCACACCCCUUCUCAUUACAGAGAUGCACAUCACCUAAUAUGCUUAAUUGGUAGUAGGCUUUCGAGCCUAUACAGCUUGGAGUAAGACAACAUGCAUAAAGAGGAUGAUGUGGUCAAAAUACUCAUUUGCCUAAUAAUUCUGCACUCCCUGUAUGUGUAUCAGGAGUAAUAUGUAGCUUUACAGUUACACGGUAUAGCACAUUAUUUGAUAACAGACCAUAAUAUGAGCCUACAGCACAUGGUUUAAUCUGAGUAUGUCUCAGUGUAUGUCAGUCUCAGUAUGUUAUUUUAAUUUAGGUCCGAAUAUCACAGUGUCAAGUCGUGGCAUUGGGUUGAUAGCCAGUUAUGUCAGGCAGUUCUGGUUUUGGUGGAAUUAUAAGUGAUAGGUUCCGUCGCGUUCUGUCACAUGAAGUCAGGGAUUAAUUAUGUUUCGUUUGCUGGGUGCUGUUGGCUUAUAAUGGUAAGACAGUACAUUUAGGCGUUGUAACAGAGAGCCUAUUUCAUCUUAAGGUGCCUAUCUAGCCUACUUGGUCUAAGUCAACGUCCAAGAGUUGUUAGCCUAAGUCAGUAGAAACCUCCGUUUAAUUUUAAUGCAUUAGAUAAAUUGUAGUAGUGACUAGUGGCACAGGUUUCCUGUGUUUGUUUGGGCUGUUUGGUCCAUCAUUGCCUGUAUGCUGGUUCAGAGCCUAAUUAAGCACAUUUGGCCAAACAGUAAUGACAUAAGACUGUGCAAAGCGUAGUAUAGGUCAUGUCAAGUUUUGUAACAACGUUGUUCCCUCCUUCCAAAAGGGGGAGACGUAAAAAGGGAAAAGGGGCCUACGUGAAGUCCCCAUUUAAGCACCGGUGGGAGUAUCUCCCAGCAGUCUAAAAGGGCCUUGUGCCGUGCACGCGUGGCCAGGCAUAGUAAUACAUCCUGAAGUAAUGUAAUAAAAGGAAAGAAGUAUGGUGAUAGCAAUACAGGUAUGGAACAUAUACAUACACACACACUCACACUCACUUCCGCUUAACUUUAGUGAGCAUAUUUUCUUUACGUUGAAUGUGGGAAGAACAUGCAGGUCCCCUCUCCCUCCCACCCCCCAAUCCCUGGUUGCUGAAGGGGUGAAAACCCCUUCAGUGACUUGCCAGAGGCAGCGAUAUGUCACACGUCGCUGCUUCUCCUUCCGCCGCUGCUCCUCCUCUGCAUUACGGCGGCCGGUGGGCGAGACUAAUACCGCCCACCGGCGCAUUAGAGCUCCCCAUAGGAAGCUUUCCUAUGGGGAAUUGAGCGACGCUGGAGGUCCUCGCACAGCGUGAGGACAUAAAGCGAUGCUCUUGCACAGGUUUUCUGUGCUAUGAAGGAGGAAGUGCCCUCUAGUGGCUGUCUAGUAGACAUCCACUAGAGGUGGAGUUAACCCUGCAAGGUAAUUAUUGCAGUUUAUAAAAAAACUGCAAUAAUUGCACUUGCAGGGUUAAGUGUAGUGGGCGUUGGCACCCAGACCACUCCAAUGGGCAGAAGUAGUCUGGGUGCCUGGAGUGUCCCUUUAAUAUAGAUUGCCUAAAUAGGAAAUGUGGAGAGUUGGUUUUAAACAGACUUAACUGGGAGACAAGAAAGUGUUAAUUUGCUCCUGUGUCUCCCCAUUUCUGCCCAAGAACAAGCUUUCACAGUGCUGCAUACGUGUGUGUGUGUAACCCUUUUCUAUCUUCUGUUGUAUAUUUUUAUUUUUUGUUUAAUUUUUUCUUUGUAGUUUAUUGUUUAUUUUUCUCUCAUUGCUUGCUAAAACAGGGUGACAGCAGUAUUCGGUAUUUUGAAAUCACUGAUGAGUCUCCUUAUGUUCACUACCUCAGCACAUUCGUCAGCAAGGAACCACAAAGAGGGAUGGGUUACAUGCCAAAACGAGGGCUAGAUGUCAACAAGUGCGAGAUUGCUAGGUAUGGCUUUACAAAAUCAAGAGGGUUGUCACUUCCACUUGUGUUGGUUGGCCAAUUAUAUGUCUGUCCAUCUGAAUAAAAUAGUGAUUCCCAUAGGCCAAAUUGUGUUCAUGUUUUUGUUCGGUUCAUCCAGGCUACCCUAGAAUCUGCAUACAACCAAUAAAAUAAAGGUGCAUUAGUCAUCCUAUGAUAUAUAAAAUAUGGCAAUAUAUGUAUGGCACAUGCUGUAGAGUAGAGAUUAAAGGGACACUCCAGAACCCUAAGGCACUUAAGCUUGCUGGGAAGAUUUGAAUGUCAGACAUCAGGCAAAAGAACUGCAGAUUUUGCAAGCUGAUUUUAGAUCUAUAUUCCCUAUGAAUAAAAAACAUAAUGCAUGCAAGUUUUCAUUUGGGAUAUAUCUACUAAACAGUGAUUUUGGUUUGUAUUUGGGCAGUGAAGUGUCUCUUUAAAUAAACAUGCUUUCUUCUUUUGUCUGCUCAAAAUUACGAUAGUUAAAAGGUAAACCCGUUUUAAAUUUAAAGGGGAAAUAACACUGUUGGCACUCUGUAAAACUUGUUGGUCUCCCCCCAGCCCGUCUGUGCUCGUUGGUCUCCCCUCCCAGUCCCUCCUGUGCUCGUUGGUCUUCUCUCCCCGCGUCCCCCUUUGCUCGUUGGUCUCCCCUCCCCGCGUCCCCCUGUGCUCGUUGGUCUCCCCUCCCAGUCCCCCUGUGCUCGUUGGUCUCCCCUCCCAGUCCCCCUGUGCUCGCUGGUCUCCUCCCAGUCCCCCCAGUGCCUGUUGGUUCUCCCAGCGUCCCCUGUGCUUGGUCUCCUCCCAGUUCUGUGCUCAAGGCAAGGGUCUCCCAGUCCCCUGUGCUCUGGUCUCCCCUCCCUGUCCCCCUGUGCUCGCUGUCUCCUCCCUGUCCCCCCUGUGCUCGCUGGUCUCCCUCCCAGUCCCCUGUGCUCGCUGGUCUCCCUCCCUGUCCCCCUGUGCUCGUUGGCCUCCUCCCUCCCGCCCCUGUGCUCGUUUGGCCUUCCUCCUCCCCGCCCCCUGUGCUCGCUGGCCUCCCUCCUCCCCGCCCCUUGUGCUCAAGGCUCUCCCCGCCCCCUGUGUCAAGUGGAUCUCCUCUCGCCCUCAGUUUCGCGGGUCUCCUCCGCCCCCUGUGCUUCUCAAGUGGUCUCCCCGCCCCUGUGCUCGCGGGUCUCCCUCCCCGCCCCCUCUGUGCUCAAGUGGCUCCUCCUCCCUGCCCCUCUGUGCUCGGCCUCCCUCUCCCCGCCCCUCUGUGCUCGGCCUCCCUCCCCGCCCUCUGUGCUCAAGUGUUGGUCUCUUUCCCCCAGCCUCCUCUGUGCUCGUUGGUCUUCCCCCCAGCCUCCCCUUCUGUGUUUCAAGUGUCUCUUUCCCCCCAGCCUCUGUGCUCGGGAUGGUCUCUUCCCCCAGCCCCUCUGUGCUCGAUGGUCUACACCCCCAGCCCCUCUGUGCUCACCUUUCUUGUAGCAUGGCCAUGCCGUGGACUGGAGAAGAGGGCUGCACUCACCUGAACAUGCAUACAUUAUAGGGUGCUGCUGGUGCCACAAUAUACAAAAUACAGAAUCCAGCGCACUCACUUAUGUAUUAUGUAUCAUGUUCAGGUGAGUGCAGCCCUCUUGGUUUCAUUUAUAUAUUUGGGAGUCCCAGGCCAACUCCUUUGUUUUGCACUCCUUCCUGUCACGGGUGCCUUAUUCCAGGACCCUAUUUAGCCUUGACUUGCAGAGAGUUCCAAUAAGGAAGUAUUUCCCAAGUAAGUGGGUUAAUCUCAUAAGAGCAGACCUUAGGCUGUAAGAGUAGGACCUGCCAAGAAUGGGGUACAUUGAUGUCGUGGCAGGCUUAUGCAAUGUAUGAUCAUAUAAUGUAACUAAACCCCCAUAAUUUUUUCCUAGGUGAGGUGUUUUUAAAUAAAACUAUUACAAUCUCUAAGAUUUGAAAUCAUUGUUUAGUGAAUAAGUGAGUGCGCUGUAUUUUGUAUAUUUUGGCCCCAGCAGCACCCUAUAAUGUAUGCAUGUUCAGGUGAGUGCAGCCCUCUUGGUUUCUUUUAUAUGCAUAUAUAUGCAUAUGCAAGGUUUAUAAAAAUUUGUGUUGCUGUAGGGAAGCUUGCAUUGGGUCCACUGUGGUGCGGAUUUUUACUUUGUGAGGGAUUUUAAAGUGUAAAAGAAAGUAAUUCAACAGACCAAUGUUAGAUCUUUUUAUUCAUUUCUAUAUUAAAGGUUCUACAAACUACAUGAGAGGAAAUGUGAGCCAAUCAUCAUGACUGUGCCCAGGAAGGUGAGUGAUUGCAGUAAUAAGACAUAAAUAUCUAAAUGUAAGUGGAACUUCUGCUUUGUUAUGGAGGCCAUGUUCUUGUGCUAUUGGUGCUGCAAAUAAACUCUUGAUUACUCAUUUCCUCUCUAUACGGUUUCCCUUCUCUCCACAGUUACUUCUUUCUUCCCCCCUUUUUUUUUUCCUGCCAAUUCCUCUUUUAAGUCCUGUGCUGGACCUUUCCCUUCCUAUUUUUAAUAUUAAAGUGUACCUGUCCCUAUCAGAUAUAUUCCAUAUUGUGUCCCUAUCAUAUAUAUUCCAUAUUGUGCGGACAUACUUACUGGUGGCAUGUUGCAGAGUUAAUAUCGAUUUGGAGAGUUUGUUGAAGAAAUGCUUCGCCUAGGAGUCCACUGCUUUGUGCAAUGCGUCAUGUCCCCACUUGUUUUCACAUCUCCUGAAAGAUAUAUAGGCUUUUCUAUUAUAGAAAAGAAAGAGUAGCUUUAUUUGCAUUAUUGGUACCAUAAAGUAGGAUUGGGGGUCCCUACUGUGGAACAUUAUUACAAAGCUACUUCAUUACCUCUCAUCGUCCUUUUCUGUCCAAUAUAUGCUUUUGGGUUGCAUUUGAAAAUAACUUUAUUUCCAUUAUUUGGUUAAACAAUUACUUUGAAUAACCCACUCGAGAGGCCGAAUACUACCCCAAUGUACCAUCCACCUUAUGCUAUAGUCUAAAUGCUAUUUGUCAAAAUUCCUGAAAUUAUACGUUCCCAAAGAUUAUAUGUUCCCAAAAUUCCUGAAAUUAUACGUUCCCAAAUUAUACGUUCCCAUUACUCCUACUGAUCGCCUAUAAGUCCUUAGUAUAUUUCCAUUUGGUGUGAAACCUUAAUGUUCAGCGAAACACCUGCUAUUCAACCAUACAUGGAUAAUGGAAACAAAUGCCAUCAUACUUAUAUAAAAAUCUAUGUGAAAUAUGGCCUCCAACCUUCUUAACCCCUUAAGGACCAAACUUCUGGAAUAAAAGGGAAUCAUGACUAGAGAUGUCGCGAACUGUUCGCGAACUGUCUGCUGGCGAACAAUAGCGUGUUCGUGUCGGGCGAACAUAUCUGAUUUCCGGUCCGCCCCCUAUACGUCAUCAUUGAGUAAACUUUGACUGACUGUGAGGUUCCGGGUCAAAGUUUACUCAAUGAUGACGUAUAGGGGGCGGGCCGGAAAUCUGAUAUGUUCGCCCAACGCGAACACGCUAUUGUUCGCCGGCGGACAGUUCGCGAACAGUUCGGCGGACAGUUUGCGACAUCUCUAAUCAUGACAUGUCACACAUGUCAUGUGUCCUUAAGGGGUUAAGAGGCUUUCUAAAUGAACUAUCUUAAAACCUUAACGAUCACCACUGUUUCAGUUUAGAUACCUUCAUAUCCUAAAGUACAGUCUAUUUUUCUAUGUUUUCCUUUUUUGUUUUGUUACUCAUGCUCCUUUUUCGUCCUGAUGUUACCUAAUGGUUUUGGCUUCCCCUAGUAGAUUUCCUGUUGCUUCAGAUUUAUAUUUGUUACAUUUGUAUGCCUUCACAUUUCUGCUAUGCCGAAUCUUGUGUGAUUAUCCUUUUUUUAAAUUUUUUUUUUAAUUUUUACUUUCUAAUAAACUCUACGUUUGUUGUAAAAAAAUAAAAAUAAAAACCCUUGCUCGUUUCAACGGAAGUCAUUCUGUAUGAAAAAAAGCCCCUCAACACCUCAAUUGUUGCGAGGAUAAAUAGAUCAAUAAUUUGCUACUUACCAGCAAAUGAUUAACUGGUAUAUAAAAUAAUCCUGAGUUCUAAUUUCUCCCUUUUGUCGUCUAUCCUACAUAUAGGGGAAGUGCAAGUAGAAUAUGCAUUUUUAGUGCUAAACUGUUUAAUUUUUUUUAUUUUAUUUUUUCCAAGAUCCUGCUACAAAAUAAAAUAAAGUAGUGAAAAUAAGUUCCUACCACACCUGCCUGACAUGUAGUUGCAUGGACUCUCUGACCUCCUCUGCAUGUGAUUACUUAAUACCAAAGCCACAGGCUGACAAUUUUCAGUUUUAAUGUAAAUGUUAUACUUUGAAAUUUUAGUCUGACCUCUUCCAAGAUGAUCUGUACCCAGACACCGCUGGACCCGAUGCUCCCAUUGAAGCCGAGGACUGGUUUGAUGGAAAGAAUGCCGACCCCAUCCUUAUAUCCUUGAAGCACGGAUACAUGCCCACCAAGAACAGAGACCUCAAUGUCGUCAAGAAGAACAUUCUGGGUAGCAAACCAGCAGCCCAGAAGAAGAGUGACUCAGCCAGCACCCCUAAGAAGGCUGCUGAAGUUUCCCAUCCUGUAAGUAAACAAAAGCCCAAAGCAGAUGGCUUAAUGCAUAUGCGUCCACAUACACUACUACAUGACAGCUGACAAUUAGCAUAGGCUGCAGGCUUUACUAUUUUAUUGUGUGUUCCAUGUUCUACCAAUAACUUGUAGAACAUGAGAUGUAACAGACUGUGUUUAUUAUAAUCGUAUUACUGCACCCAUUUGCAUUGACAACUGUCUGUAUUGACUGUUUAUUCACAAAGUACUUUAAUUUAACAGGAACAAUUUACUUAUCAUCAUAAUAAAAAUUUGCACUAAUAAAGCAUGGCCAAAUGUAUUUCUGAAAUGGUUUCUUUGCCUGCCGGAUACUUGAUUUGUGUUCAACGUAACAUACUAAGGACUUGAACAAAAACUGAAAAUCAAACCAUUGUCAUCGAUUUAAUUAUUUUCUCUGUAACAUGUCAGGUUAGGUGUACUGGCAUUUUUUUUUUUUUUGGUUUAGUUUUAUUUUUUAUUUUUUUAUAGAGCUAAUGGUAGGUCCAGAACGUUGGAAGGAUGAGAUAGUUGUAUGGGUUACAAAAUGUUAAGCAUAUAUUCAAAAUGGAAUAACUUAUUAAUACUGAAGAGUUCUGAGAAAAUUCAAAACAGUCUAUUCACAAAUCCUGAGUUUUAUCUGUUGGGUAACUCUGAGGCAGGGCUGACCAUAAAUCUGCUCACUAGUCUCAGUGAUUUUCAAAAGCUCCUACAUAGAGACCACUUAAUUGAGUUGUAAAGCCAAUAUUUAGAAGUGCGAUAUGUCCUCAAAAUAACUAUGGACCAGCAAAACUGUGUUUGGGUAGUUUUCCUGUUAUGAUUGUUUGUAUGGUAUACAAUCUCUAUUUCUCUUUGCUUUAUAGGCCAGUGACGGCAAGAUGGAUGAGGUGAUGAAGGAGCUGCGAUCAAUGAAAGACACCAUCAGGUCCCAAGGAGAGAGGAUCUUCAAAUUAGAGGAACUAAUCGCCAGUCUCACCAACAACGAUGAGUCAGAAGAAUGAAUUACCCACGCUCCUGGUUGAGCUGGAGGUGCCCACUGCCAGACCGCAUUCCACUCAAUACUUCUCUUCGGGCCCAAGCGAUGAUCAGCAUACCAACACAGACUAAACGUCACUCCCAGUUUAACACAGAGACUUUACUCCUACCCCUUCAACCAGGUGCCUCCACUUAAGAUACCUUUGUGUCAUUUCAGGAGUUUUGUAUGCUGCCAGUAACCCAACUCCUGAACUGUCACAAUCUCCUGAUUUUCCCAAUUCCUUAAGUGAGCCUCUUAUUCCAAAGGGGAGAGAAUAAAAAGCCUCUGGUUAAUAUCAACAAACUUUAAUUAAAAGCCAAGAUUUUUACCCUCGUUAUUCAAGUGUUACAUGAAAUAUGCCUGUUUCCAAGAUCAGUACAAUAUCUUUAUCUUCUUUUUUUUUUUUUUUAAUUUUAAAGUUUUGUUUUUGACUUUUUUCUUUUCUUCAGAGUAGGGAAGGGGGGUGGGGGAUGUAAAGGAUGGACCAAUGCCACAAUCUAUUAUUUUUUGCCAAAAAGACCUUGUGAGGUUGCAAUAUUGGGACCAUGCAUCAUAUAGUAUUUUUAUUUUUAAUGUAAAAGAGCAAGCACUGUGUUACAUUGUCUGGAAUCGCAAGAAAAUAAUUACCCAUAAAAGCUUCAUGAGUUUUAUAUAAAUCUUUUUGCUAUUAUUGUGCACAAGCGUUUCUUUUGGCCUGAGCGCUCUAGUGGGAAGCAAAGGUGGGAGAGACAAGUUCCUGGUGAAAUGCACCUUUUUAUAUCCAAACCAGGCUGAUCUGUUUUCAGGUUUGCAGCAAAAAGAAAGAUGUUUUGUCCCUGCCAAAAACUAUGGGAAGAAUCAAAGGCAUCAGAAAGACGUUCCAUUUUCUAUUCCAGGAAGACCUAUUAAUCAUAAACAAAGGCUCAUGGCCUUAAAUAUAUACAGGAAAAGGGUUAUUCUUUUCUGUAUGAUUUUGGCAGCAACCAUUUUAAUCUCAAAAUCACUGUUGUAGCCAAUAACAUAGUACAUGAUCAUUGUGUUUUUAAUUAAUCCAGAAAGCCCUGUUGCAGAAGUGUGCAAUAUCACUUAAGCCAGCACAGAAUCGUUGUGAAAGCAACUCGUGUAGUACGUGGUAUAGACUCAAUAAAGCAUAGUGCAUGUGAGAAACACACCUCUGUUUCCUUCAAAUGAAAGCCAACCCUCCUCUAUGACCUAGAAUAAAUUGUGAGCUGGUAAAAACGAAACCUGUGUGAGAUCCCUGUUAUACACAGGAAACCUUGUGCCUUAUAUGUGCUUGUAACCACCUGUUUCAAUUCAACCAGAUGUCUCCUGAUCCAAUUUCAAAACAAAGUGAGAGCUAUGGUAAACUUACUUGCAUACAAGGGGCGGAUAAAAUAAUGAACACACCACAUAAAAAUUAAGAAAUUAUUUUGCACCUGGAAACGUGACUCGUUACUUUUUAUUACCAAUUAAGUUUGUGCCUGCUAUUAAAGGGAUACUGUGGCCAGGGGUGCCCAAAAUGUAGAUCACAAGAUGUUAUAGAACUACAACUCCGUUCAUGCUUUGCAUGCAUUUUUAGAAAGACAAAGCUUCAUGGAAGCUGUAGUUUUAAAACAUCUGGUGAUCUACCUUUUGGCAUCUUAUUUAGGUUUUUCCUGCAGUCCUGCCCCUCUUACUUCCCAGCUCCCAUACUGUGACAUCACGCACACGUGUCACAGUCAGCCAUAGAGAAUCAUUGUAGGUGCUCUAUGAGGAGCAUUGGAUUGGCCCAUAUGCAACCCGAGGAGGAGGUCACAGCUGCACCAUGGGAGACUUGACACUGGGGAAAGGGGAGUAAUUUUUUUAUUUAUUUUUUUAAUAGACUUGGUGGGGGCAGAAUAAGGAGCAUCAGGAAUAUAAUGUUUGGAAUACAUACAUGUGCUUCUUUAAAGAGGUUAAUAAUUUGUGUUUUAAAUGUGAGUUUAAAAAUUACAACACAAGUCAAUAAGAUUGAAAAAUGGAUAUGACAAGGGAAACAUUUCUAAAAACGUACAUAUGUCACACAUGCCAAAACUCAUCCUUAUGAAUAGGCAGACAUUCAAAGGAUGUGAUAAACCUUUAAUAUGAAACGCUUUGAGGCUUGACAAAUACCACAAUCCAGUUCAGGUAGAGCCACAUUGCAAACGGAAAGGAGAAAUAGAAACAUUGAGGAUAAAAAGGAGUGGAUUUCUACAUUUUAUUUUCC